GUGCUUCCUGAUUCACAGAGUAUAAUGAAGCCAUGGUUAUCGUAAACUGCCUGUUACACCAAUGUGUGCGCUGACCCGGAGACACUAAAUGGUUGCCAGCGCUUUCUCCAGUGUGUAGCGCUCUGUGAGGAUGCCAUAGGAUACAGUGUCUCCUGGAUGCUCCCUAGAGCUUCGCUGAACGCUGCACUGGGACGGCGUCCGAUUAGGACCAAACUCGGUCACCUUUUUUUUUUUAAUCGCUCGCCCAACCGGCGUUUUUUUUGUUUGUUUUUUUAUACUCCAGUGCCAUCAUGAGCUACGAGCAGCGGAGGGGCUGGGGACGGGGCCGAGGGCGUGGGGGACGGGGCCGAGGGCUUUCAUCCCCAGGAGACAGUGAUAAUGCUGGAGGAGGAAGGGAGAAACCUCCGCCUCACCUGCGAGGCCGGGAUAUCGGACUGUGGUAUGCCAGGAGACAGGGCCAGAAGAGCAAAGAGAAUGAGAGGAUGGAGGUAGGCAGACAGGCAGACAGGCUGACCCCCAGGGCACCCCUCACAGUCACCGCCGGACACUGUGUGAAUAGCAAUGUGUGCUGUCACUCUCACUUGUUGCUCUGCAUCAGGAUCAUUACAUUGAACUUCAAUCUAUCCAAUGACUUUAUUUUUUUUAAAUGUAUGCUUAAAGGGACACUCCAGGCACCCAGACCGCUUCUGCCCAUUGGAGUGGUCUGGGUGCCAACUCCCACUACCCUUAACCCUGCAACUGUAAAUAUUGCAGUUUUUUAUAAACUGCAAUAAUUACCUCGCAGGGUUAACUCCUCCUACUAGACAGCCACUAGAGGGCUCUUCCUGGUCCAUAGCACAGGUUUUCUGUGCUAUAGCGUCGCUGGACAUUCUCCCGCUAUGUGAGGACCUCCAACGUUGCUAAUAUCCCCAUAGGAAAGCAUUGAAAAGCAUUUUCAUUGCUUUCCUAUGAAGAGGUCUAAUGCGUGUGCAAGACAUUGCCGCGCAUGCGCAUUAGGUCUCCCCCUCCGGUGGACGGGAUCAGGAGCAUGGGCGGAGGAAGAAGCAGCGACGAGGGACAUCGUCGUUGCCUUUGGUAAUUGACUGAAGGGGUUUUCACCCCUUCAGCAACAUGGGAUGGGGGGUGCGAGGGAGAGGAAACCUGCAGUGCCAGGAAAACGGAUUGUUUUCCUGGCACUGGAGAGUCCCUUUAAUGAAGAUGUUCUGGUGUCUACAGCAUGUCCCUGCAGGCUUUUCAAUGUAACAGGCAGUGCUUACAUUACUGCCUAGUAACAGCUCCAGUGGCAGUGACUCAGACAGCCACUAGAGGCGCUUCCUGGGUAGGUGCUGCACAAUGUGCACUAACAUUCUGCGUCUUCACGCACUGCAUGGAGGUGCUAAACGUUUCUCAUAGAGCUAAAUUUACUCAAUGCAUCUCUAUGAGGAGAUGCUGAUUUGCGCAGCAUGGCCUUUUUUGACGUGCAUGUCCAAUAGCCUUCCGAUGCUUUUCUUUGGGAAAGCAUUGGGUUGGCUGAAGUUUGAUGAUCUCAGCCAAGGAGGUGAAGCAGAAAGUCAGUGGAGAUUUAUACCUUUUUUAACCAGGGAUGAAGGGGGACAGAGACCUAAAUGGAGGCUUCAAAACUAUAGUGUCAGGAAUGCAUGUUUGUAUUCCUGACACUGUAGUGUUCCUUUAAAGAGAAGUGAAUGCUUCUCACAGACAGCAUCUACAUUGGGUUAUAUACAGACAGAAAAUAAACAAAUGUGUAUCUAAUGUAAUUUAUUCAAAAUUGGCAUUAAAGAUACCAUCUGCAUUGUAUCUGCACGUUAUUUUUUCUUUUAACCAAUACUCCUGUAGAAAACAUAAUUGAGACACACAUUUAGUGUUUUUGAUAAGUGACUAUUGUUAUGGACAGCUCGCCUUAAUUUGUGCCUUGUCAUAAUAAGAAAACUAAUCUGUAUAGUAGCCAAUUAUGGAUUUUGGUUCACAGAUGCUGUCCCUGUACUGGCGAUGUUUACAUUUGUUCAAGUACAGGUCUCUAGUGGCUGUCAACAGUCUUCACAUUCAUCAUGUACAGCAUGAUGACGCCGAACAUAAACAGUGCCUCUCAUGGAGAAGCAUUGGAUUCAAUGCCUCUGUAUGAGACACAUUUGAUUCAAUGCUUCUGUAUAGUAUCAAGACAAGCUUUAUAGUGAUUUUUAAACUUUUCGAACAUACCACAAUGUUUACAUUUGACUGAGAACAUGCCUCUUGUGGCUGUGAGGCUAACAGACACAAGUAGAUUUUUGAUUUUUAAAUGUCUUCACUAUGCUCCCAGUAUUUCUUAUAGAGAAACAAUUGCUUGGUGAAGUAUGUUAUUGCCUUGCAUGCAUCCUAUGCCUUCAGCAUUGGAUUGGACAAAAGUUAUCAGAACCAAUGACAUCACUGUAGAAAAAGCAACUGCAUAGUGGAGAUUGGCCUAGCACUAGAUUACAGGAAAGUUAUUAUUUUUUUUAAUCUUUAAAGGGGGGGGGGCUAGUAAUGUAAAUAAAUACAAUACUCUUACAUUUAAAAUACAUUUAUGUUUAAUGCAAGUAUUCCUUUUAUAACUUUAGAGGAAUAUUACUAGGAUGGAAAGGUAUACGAAAACCAAACAAAUAAGCAUUUGUAUUCUAAAACAUUUAAAAUGUCAGUUCAGUCCGCUUCAAAUAAUUUUAAACAAACUGACAAAUUGCAUAUAGCGGUACCAACUGAAGCAACAUGUGUGUUUUUUUUUUGUUGUUGUUUUUUUUUUUUUUAGAGGGCUGUUGUACGAAUGGAUGAAUCCAGAGAGGAACAUAUCACACGAUUACUCAAUGCUGUGCAGACUACGAAUAACAGUGAGAAGCACACGCAGCAUGAAGAAUCCUGGUGGUCUACUGAAGAUGAAAGGUACACUAUUGCUCAAACUUUCUUGAGCUUAAAGGGUUACUCCAAGCACUAUGACCACUUCAGUAAUUGGAAGUGGUCAUAUUGCCUGGAAUCUGUAAGCGCAGUGUUUCAUUUUAAAUUGCUGUAUUAUUAUUUUAUUUAUAUAACGCCAGCAAAUUCCGUAGCGCUGUACAAUGGGACAUACUAUGUUUAACCCUUUUGCUGCUGGAGAUGUAACUUCACCUCUAGAAGCGAGAUUCGAUUCCCAUUAGCCAGCCCAGAGCUGUUGGCUAAUGUCAGUUAUGUGCAUAUUCCUAUGCACAGACUUGCAUUCAUUGGCUGAGAGCGCUGAGGUGACGCUCUCAGCCAAUGGUAGGCUGGCGGAUCAACCUCCAUCCCCCACACCAAGCUUCUGAAAUUUUUUUUUUUUUUUUACCUGUGCAGUUCUCAAUAUAUCAAUCGUUUUUCUCACUUACAAUAUUCUAAGAGGAGAAUAUAGAAUGUUGUAACAAUUUAAUGCCUAAAAUGUUUAUGAAGUUCUCAUAUCUUUUUAUAACACACCUGUUCCAGUAUUAAAAUGGUUUAUGUUUUCAGUGUUCUACAUUCCAAGCAAAAGCAGAAUUUUAUAGCAAAUUAGUAACACAUUAUUGAGAUGUUAUAACAAAUAUAUAACAUUAGGAAGAUCAGUGAACUCUCACACUAAUUGUACAAAAAUUAUUACUGCUCGGUAUGUACACACAUUUUCUUCUUCUUUUAUUGCCUUAGUUUUCCCCAAUUACCCAUGUUGCCCAUAACAUAAUGCUCAGCCUUUUCAGUUCACUUUACUAUGUUUCACCAUAGAAUACAUAAGCGUCCUAUAAACUAAAUACACCUAGUUAAUGUAAUAUAUUCUAAUUGGUGGUUUACUAUACCUUUUAAAACUGCUCUGGCACCUUCUUUGGGUCUUCCAUAUUUUGCAAGGAACCAUGAUGCUGACAUCGCCACUCUCGGUUAGGAGGCCUGAGGGAAGCAUGGGUAAGUUAUACUUAUCUGUUAAUGUCCCUCGUGGGCACCACCAUCUUCAGGCUUCAUGCCCCAGAAGCAUACUUCAGUGUUGUAUUCAUGUGCAGGAGUACAACAUUGAUAUCUAUGGAGCAUAUUGUGAGACCGUGGGAGCCUUCAUAGAUAUUGUCUCAUGAUGAGUUAGACAAUGUCUUAUUUCAACAGCUUUCACUGGUGACAGCUGGGGAAACUGACAGAAGAUCACAAAACGAGGAGAUACAUCACAGAUGUAGCUCCUCGUCUUGUCAACUGGAUACUUUACCAUAAGACAAAGUAAGCCCUACAUUUUCUCAAUGAUAUAUUUUGACUGCAUUGGAAUUUGAAUGAAGGUCUUUAUGAGCAAUUUCGCAAACAUUGUAUCUCUAUGAAGUGCACAAAUGAUUUAUUUUACUUAUUUAAAUUAAAUGUAUAAUAAUAUAUCUGCGUUUCUACAGUCAAUAAAUAAGGGGUGGGGUUUCUGCAUGAGAAGUGCACUGUGAAAAGUCAAUCAGACUUGCCUGGAUCAAUAUUUCAGUCUCAAACUGAAGCUGAUCAAUAUUCACAUUUUACUGUUUAUAAGCAAUACAGUCCCAUAGAGAAUGCAAUUUGUUUUUAGGAUCAGGUAGACAAGAUACAUUUCUAUUAUUAAAUAUGCAAUCUGCUUACAUAGAUUACUCUGAUUUAUAGUAAUAUUAUUGUUUUAAAUGAAUUUAUAACUUAGAAACAUGGUUUGGGGGAAUCACCAUUGAGCUUGAUAUUGUCCUUAGUUUAUUCUUCUCGCACACAUGCAUUUCUAAUUAUGCAGAUCUAUUUUUAUUUUUAUUCAACCUGUUUAUUGUUUUUUUAGGAACGACCCUAGUCCUCCACCAAGACGAGCAACUGUUAACAGUGAGAAGCACAAAAUUUUCAGUCAAGAAAAUGAAUCCAGUAAUGAUCUAGACAGACAGCUGAUAGAGGACCUUCUAAAGAAGAGAACAGACUAUCGAUAUCUUGAAAUGCAGGUGCUUAUUUGUAUCAUACACCAUUACGGAGGCAUAUUGCUGGUUCAUGGACACCUACCAUAGUUUUGGAUGCCUACUGUUGUGUCCCUACUUCUCUUUUCUCUGUAAUGUCUUUCUCUCCAAGCCAAAUACCCCCAGUGCCAACAAAUCACAUAAAUGCUUUAUUAUCCUUUAACCCUUUAAGGACACAUGACAUGUGUGACAUGUCAUGAUUCCCUUUUAUUCCAGAAGUUUGGUCCUUAAGGGGUUAAAGGUAGUGCUGGUCCUUGGAUGGCAUUGUUCAUUUUUUUUAUUGUUGAGCUCACUCUGUUUGUAAGAAUACUUAAGAUCGAUCAGUACCAGUAAGUUGCCUUUUCCUAGCAUAUAGUGACAGUACACAUGUGAUGUUCUUACUUGUACUGGACUAAACCAAGACAGCUUGUUCUUUUCACUCCAUAAAUUGCCAUCCAGUCACAGACUACACCAGUUCUUACUUGUGCUGCGAGCAGGACGGACGGGCUGCUCGGUCUUUUGCAAGUAUUGGUGAAGCACCACCCCAGGUGGUAAGCUGCAUGACGCCGGCCUCCAAACCCUUUGGGGAUAUGGAACACCGUAACAAGUUCCUCUUAUAUGGCCACGUUUCCGGCGAAGCAGUAAUUUAUCUUUUGGUUAUACAAAGAAAAGGCCAAAUUUGUGAGUAAUGCAGAGCUGGCUUCUAGUGAUAAAUUAAUUAUUUUAAGUAACGAGCGGGAGCUCGGUUUUUAUGAUCCUUUUUUUUUUUUUUUUUUUUUUGGCUUUUUCCCACCAGCUUUUAUAGUGUUCUUGAUUGUAUGGACUCCAGUAUAUAGUAACCGUAAAACUGACCUGUAUGAUUUAUUGAGUGCAAAGAGGGAAUGUCUGCAAAUAUUGCCUCUAGCUCUGAAAGAUUCCUAGGAUACAAGAAGAGACUUUCAAAAUGGAACACACAGCAGCAGUAUUACAUGCCUUAUUACUGCCAAUAUGUUUUUUAGUGAAUUAAUGUUUUUUGUUUUGUUUGGUUUUCUCCCAUUAGAGAUUUCGGGAAAAAUUGCCUUCCUUUGGCAUGAAAGAGGUAAGAACAUAUUAGAUAAUCAUAGUCUUUAGUCUCAGUUUGCAAAAAAGUUUUAGAGAGCAGUAGUUUAGACGAUCUACACAGGCUUCUUUAUUCUUUUUGUUUUAGGAGAUAAUGAAAGUUGUAAAUUCAAACCAAGUGACCGUUAUUAGUGGAGAGACUGGCUGUGGGAAGACCACUCAAGUCACACAAUUUAUUUUAGAUGACUACAUCAACAAGAGUAAAGGAUCUUCAUGUAACAUUGUAUGCACCCAACCAAGGAGGAUCAGCGCCAUUUCAGUAAGUUAACAAAUACCUUGGAUAUUUUGUGGAUGUAUGUUUUACCUCUUUAUUGUCUGUGCUAAGAGGUGCUACUGCCUCAUACAACCUUUGAUAUACACAUAUUACAGGCAACAGGCAGAGGUAUAAAUUACAAAUAUGACAGCGGCACAUCCUCCCUACACCUAGAAUACCACAUAUAAAAACAUAAAAUGUGUUGGCGGAUAAAAAAACAUUUGGCCUAUCUAGUCUGCCCAGUUUUCUAAAUACUAUCAUUCGAAUGUACCUUACCUUAAAGGGAUUCUGUAGUGCCAGGAAAACAAACCCGCUUUCCUGGCACUGUAGGCUCCUACACUGCUUGCAACCCCUUUAGUCACUUACCUAAAUCCAGCACCGAUGUCUCUCGAUGCUGGGUCAGGCUCCACCCCCGUCAGCCGGCGGGGGAGACCUAAUUUGCAUGCGCGGCAAUUGCCGCGCUCGCAUUAGGUUUUCUCCAUAGGAAAGCAAUAUUCAAAGCUUUCCUAUGGGGGAAAAAUGUGACGCUGGAGGUCCAAUGCAGAGCGUGAGGACGUCCAGCGUCCGAUAAUGGACCAAAGGUCCUUUUCGAUUCUGGAAGUCCCUGUAGCGUCUGUCUGAUAGAAAGCCACUAGAGGUACAGUUCACCCUCAGAGAUAAUUAUUGCAGUUUCUCAGAAAUUGCAGUAAUUACUAUUGCAGGCUUAAGGUACAUGGGACAUUGCACCCAGACCACUUCAGUGAGCUGAAGUAGUCUGCCUACAGUGUCCCUUAAGUCUAGGAUAGCCGUAUGCCAAUCGCACGCAUGCUUAAACUCCUUACUUUGUUAACCUCUACCGCUUCAGCUGGAAUACUAUUCCAUGUGUCCACUACCCUCUCAGUACAGUAGUACUUCCUGAUAAUAUAAAACUUUUGCCCCUCUAAUUUAAGACUGUCCUCUUGUGGUAGUUUUUCUUCUCUUAAAUAUAGUCUCCUCCUUUACUGUGCUGACUCACUUUAUGUAUUUAAAUAUUUCUAUCAUAUCCCCCCUGUCUUAUCUUUAAUUCAAACUAUACAUGCUAAGGUCAAGCCAUGGAUUUACCAUGGAUUCAGAUAUCUCUACAGGUACAAAUUAAACACAGAAUUACAGAACAUGCAGUGCCAAAAGCUAAAGAGGCUAAGUAAAGUGUUUUUGUGUUUACUUACUAAAACUAUAGCAUCUCAAAAUGCUUAGCAUUGUUCAAAUACUGUGAAAUGCAUGCAGUCUGCAUUCAUUCACUCUGUUGACAUUCUAGGGAUUUAUUUCUCACAAUGUAAGAGUGAUAUUUAUUGAUUUCACUAAAUUGGGCCUAAUCCUCUAUAUGUUAAUGCAUGGUAAACGUGUUUUUUUUUCAUUCAUAAAUAUUUAUGCCACCUUUCCUCCAAAAAGAGGUAUAUUUGUAAUUUCCAGUGACCUAGCUUAUAAUGGUCCAUCUGUGGCUUGCUCAGCAUCACAAUCUAUUGUUUACAACAUAUGGCAUACAUGUCUUCAUUCCCUUUAGAAGUCAAGAUAUCAUAUUCUGUUCAUUGUGUAUAAUAUACAGUAUAUAUGUAUUUAGUUAAGCACUCGAAAUGGUUAAUGUUGUUUAACAUAGGUAGCAGAGCGCGUGGCAGCUGAAAGAGCAGAGGCCUGUGGAAGAGGAAAUAGUACAGGCUACCAAAUUCGUCUUGAAAGGCAAGUGAUGGUUGUUUCAUUCGUGCCCAAAUGGUUUUUGUAUAAAUUCCCUCUUCACAACAAAUUUCAAUAUGUAUAUUAAAGUUCUGGGUCUAUUAUGUAUUGUACUGCUCUCUGCGUUCCUGAGAAAACUAUUUAAAAUGUAUGAUAUUAAACUUGUCCACAACUAUUUUGGGGGGUAGCUGAACUAUUCUUGUAGCUUUUAGAGUUUAAAUAAGAAAUGGGGGUGUGGACAAAAGCAACACAAGUACAGAUCUGUUUUAUGGGCUUCAAAAUCACUUCAAAGCUAUAACAUUGUUUGUGAGAUCGAGACUCAAUGUAUGCUCAGUUACUAAUGGUGAAUUUAAUGAAACUAGAAUCUUGUUGGUGACGUAUCCCUUAACAUUUUAUGUGAGGAGGAAGCAAUUAUCGACCAAAAUAUUAGAUGUACCAUUGUCACCUUUUGGCAUUGAAAAGUUUUCGGUCUUCAUAAUACAUUUUGUGUCAGUUUGGAUGUUUUGUUUCCUACGUUAUUUUUCUCUCUAACAUACUCUGUUCUUUUUCUCAUUGAUAGCCAGUUACCACGGAAACAAGGCUCUAUUCUAUACUGUACAACUGGCAUAGUGUUACAGUGGCUGCAAUCAGACCAGUAAGUGCUUAACUGUUAAAGAUAAUUUGGUUUGCCAGUAGACUAAGCAUUUUCACAUGUGACUUUCUUGUUUCAGGAACUUGGGCAAUGUCAGUCACCUUGUAAUAGAUGAAAUCCACGAGAGGAAUCUGCAAUCUGAUGUUCUAAUGGCGAUCAUUAAAGAUCUUCUUAUCCGUCGGAAAGAUCUGAAAGUCAUAUUGAUGAGUGCCACUCUAAAUGCAGAGAAGUUUUCACAGUAUUUUGGUAAGUCACAUAUUUGAUCUAUGAAACUUUCAUUUAAAAAGAUCUGUUGAUCCUGUCCCCUUAACAGCUUAUUGAUCACCUCAAAUGCAUUCUGGAUUAAAGCGGCUGUGUCACAGACAAACUAUUUUUCUUUUCAAUCUCCGCCAACCCCCCUUAUUGUUCAACCCCUAGCCUUUCCAUCAUUCUUUUCUCCCUUAUCACCUCCCUUUACCUCAAAUUUGGAUAAGCUUCGCUCGAUUCUUUUUCAUGGUACCGCCAUCUUGUAAGUACUGAUAUUGACGUAACAUCAAAGUCUUCCUCUAUCCAGAGUAUGCUACGGCACUGAAAUAAUACAAGAAGGUGAGGCAAUGAAUGUAGGCCAGGACAGGACCAAGUGGAGCUUAGUUAAGGUUCACCCUUUUGUCACAGUUGUCAAGCAUAGGAAAAAUACAUAAGACAAAGUAGCCUCUAUGUUUUAAAAGAGAAAUAGAGUAGAAAUUAAGCAAAGAUUUGGAAAGAGGAAGGGUAAGUUUGAGGUGACUGUCACUUUAACACUCUUAGUUGCAAUCAUUCUAUUUGAACACUUUGUUUGUAACUGAACUUUGUUUGAAAUACAGUGCCUUGUUGAAUAUGCAUAUUUUUAACAAUUCUUUUUUUGAGGAGUGGGGGUUAAAUCAUGCAAAUCCAUAACCAGCUACUACAAAAAAGUAAUUUAUGUUGUAUGACUGAUAAAGCUUCUGAAUGUAAUAUUUAUUUUAAAACAUGUCCACAUUUACAUUUGUAUAUCUUUUCAUAUACUCAUUCUUGACACAUUUUCUAAACGUAAACAUUUAUGAGUACUAUUUCUCAAUAGAGAUGUCGCGAACCGUUCGCGAACUUCCCGUGAACUGCUCGCCGCGGUUCGCCACGAACCGUUUGCGGCGAGCUCCGGUCGGCUGACACAUCCCGGCCAAUCUCCAGCAGACCCUCCCUCCCAGACCCUCCCACCUCCUGGACAGAAUCCAUGUUGAAGCUGCGGGAAGUUCGCGACAUCACUAUUUCUCAAGCAGUAAAUGAGUGAAAAAAAUAUAUAUUUCUGUGCCUCAUGAAAGGUGAAUUGUGACCUAUUAUCCGAUUUAAUCAUGUUUAUUUCAAAAUAUGUGAUAUAUUAUAUGUGGCUUUGUCCUCUACAGACAACUGCCCAAUGCUGCAUAUCCCUGGAUUUACAUACCCUGUGAAAGAGUACCUCCUGGAAGAUAUCAUUGAAAUGUUACAGUAAGUAUGUCACUGAGCUUUUUUUUAAUGUUCUAUCUAAAUUGUAAAAGCUAAACUGUUAAUUUCGGAGUUGUCCUGACUAAAGAAUACUAAUAAAAAAAAUCAAUGAAGACUUUAUGGUCAGGAGAGUGCUGCUUACAUACAAGUGAGGACUUGAGAUGUUUUGAGUUUCAAGGGAAAAAAGUGUGUGUGCUCUUAUUUGAAAAAUGUAAGUGUGUGUGUGUGGACUGAAAUGUUGACAGAUCAAUAAAGGAUUUUUCUAUACACUUAAAGGACCACUGUAGGCACCCAGACCACUUCAGCUCAAUGAAGUGGUCUGGGUGCCAAGCCCAUCUAGGGUUAACCCUGCAGCUGUAAACAGCAGUUUCAUAAAAACUGCUAUGUUUACAUUAGGGUUAAUCCAGCCUCUAGUGGCUGUCUCAUGACAGGCGCUAAAGGCGCUUCUGCGCUUCUCACUGUGAAAAUCACAGUGAGAAGAUGCUGACGUCCAUAGGAAAGCAUUGAGUAAUGCUUUCCUUUGGACUGAUUGAAUGCGCGUGGGUCUUGCCACGCAUGCGCAUUCAGCGCAGACGUCAGAAGAGGGAGGAGAUUUCCCCAGCGCCGAGGGAGCCCGUGAUUAAUCCCCUUCCUUCCCCUUCAGCCCGGCGGGAGUGGGACCCUGAGGGUUGGGGGGACUUAAACGAGUUUGUUUUCCUGGCACUAUAGUGGUCCUUUAAGAAGUCCAGUGAGUGUGCUCUUAUAUGAAAAACUUUGUUUAUUUAUAUAUAUAUAUAUAUAUAUUUUUCAUAUAAGCACACACUCACAGGACUUAAGUGUAUAGAACAAUCCUUUAUUGAUCCGUCAACAUUUCAGUCCUCCCUCAAGACAAAGUACAAAAAAAACACGCAAUACUCUUUAAACGUUUAAGUAGCCUGGAAAAUGUAAAAAACCAAACAGACUGUGAAAAAGAGACCAUGUGGCCUCAAGAUAAACAUCCUCUGUGACUUGGAAGCGCAAUAAAGCAAUAAUUUAAAACCACAUAUAUAAUUGAAAAAACUAUUACAGAGUCACCAUAUAAACUAUCACCUUAUGAACAAGUGUAUAUGAAAAUAUCACUACCACAAUAUCUCGCAAACAAUAAUACAUAACUGUGUACAUCAAGUUACAAAGCGAAGCAGAGCUCAGGGAAACAGGACAUGUAAACACAACAUUUCAAAGUAUAUUAUCUUAUAAUAACAUAAUUUAUAACCUGUAAAUUAAGCAUCUCUAAGUCUAAGUAUAUACUCCCCAUCCAUAAGAAAGUAUAAGCUUGAGCAGUGGACAUACAUAUACAGCAAUCGAUACUUCAAAUAAGAGCCAGUAACUUAUAUCCCAGGCACGGGAGGCCUAUAAUAAAGAAUACUUUAAGCAUACCUGAAAAUUCAUAACUUUCGAGCAAAGGAAUCAGAAAACUGAUCACUUGUAGAUAGAUCCCCUUGAAAGUGGAGAGGGAUGAUGAUGUCAGUCACAUAACUCUGAAUUUCUAGUGCCCGAAUGAAAUAAAAUACAGCAGGCUCCCUCCUACAGGGGAAGAUCACACUGCUAAAAAAAAUACCUAAGUCCCACAAAAAUAUGUAUACACAACAGCUCAGACCAACUAAACCGUGCAAUAUGUACAGAAAAGUAUGCAAAAAACAAACAGGAGGCAGUAAAACAAGUCAUUUCUAGAUAAACUUCACCUGCAGGGGGAGGUGAUGUCAGACACAGAACUAUAGAUUUCUAGUGCUCUAAUAAAAUUAACUACAGGCAAUCUCUCCCUGCAGGGGGAGAAAAAAGAAAAAUGACUUAAGCCCCACAAAAGUAUGUUUACAAAGGCCCAGUUUAACUAAAUAAUGCAACAAACAAACAGGAAUAUGCCAAAAAAAAAAAGUAGCAUGCAAUGAUGAGAAAACUAAAAACAAUACAUUUUUGGGUUAGAAAGCUAGUUACAUAGCUGAAAAGAGACUUGCGUCCAUCAAGUUCAGCCUUCCUCACAUUUGUUUUUUGCUGUUGAUCCAAAAGAAGGCAAAAACACCCAGUUUGAGGCACAAUUUUGCAACAAGCUAGGAAAAAAAUUCCUUCUUGACCCCAGAAUGGCAGUCAGAUUUAUCCUUGGCUCAAGAAGUUAUUAUCCUAGAUUGAAAGAUUAUAUCCUUGAAUAUUCUGUUUUUGCAAGAAUGCAUCUAGUAGCUGUUUGAACAUCUGUAUGGACUCUGAUAAAACCACUUCUUCAGGCAGAGAAUUCCACAUCCUGAUUGUUCUUACAGUAAAAAAAACCUUUCCUAUGCCUUAGACGAAAUCUUCUUUCUUCCAGUCUAAACGUAUGGCCUCGUGUCCUAUGUAAAGUCCGGUUAGUGAAUAGAUUUCCACACAAUGGUUUGUAUUGGCCCCGAAUAUAUUUGUAUAAUGUUAUCAUAUCCCCUCUCAGGCGACGUUUUUCUAAACUAAAUAGGUUUAAAUUUGUUAACCUUUCUUCAUAGCCGAUAUGUUCCAUUCCUUUUAUUAAUUUUGUAGCCCGCCUCUGCACUUUUUCUAGUGCCAUAAUAUCCUUCUUUAGAACAGGUGCCCAAAAUUGCACAGCAUAUUAAAUAUGGGGUCUUACCAGUGAUUUAUAAAGAGGCAAAAUGAUAUUCUCGUCCCGAGAAUGAAUGCCCUUUUUCAUGCAUGACAAUACCUUACUGGCCUUGGUCACUGCUGAUUGACAUUGCACAUUGUUGCAUAGUUUGUUGUCUAUAACAAUUCCCAAGUCCUUUUCGUGUGUUGUUAUCCUUAAUUUGCUUCCAUUAAGGGUAUACGUUGCUUGUGUAUUCUUUACGCCGAAGUGCAUAACUUUGCAUUUUUUCAACAUUAAAUUUAAUCUGCCAUUUGAGUGCCCAGUCCCCCAGUCUAUCUAAAUCCCUCUGCAGCAAAGUAAUAUCUUGCUCACAUUGUAUUAUUUUACAAAGUUUAGUGUCAUCUGCAAACACUGAAACAUGACUUUCAAUGCUGUCUUCAAGAUCAUUUAUAAACAUGUUAAAUAGAAGGGGUUCCAGAACAGACCCCUGAGGGACACCACUUGCCACCUCUGUCCAGCUUGAAAAUUUACCAUUAAUGACAACUCUUUGUACUCUGUUUUUAAGCAAUCAAGUGAGUUUGACAUGACUUGUGCUUCAUAAAACCGUGCUGAUUUUUGCUGAUAACCAUGUUCUUCUCAAGGAAUUCUUGAAUAUUAUCCCUUAAUAACCUUUCAAAUAUUUUACCAGCUACAGAAGUUAAGCUCACAGGUCUAUAAUUUCCAGGCAAGGAUUUUGAACCCUUUUUGAAUAUAGGAAUCUGCCUUUCUCCAAUCCUCCGGAACACUUCUUCUUGUUUGAACCAUGUGGUGAAAGUGUAUUCAAAGUGAAAAUCCAAAAAAACCUCUCUAUGAAGUAGUUCAUUGUUCUGGUCACCCUUGGGGGGACAUGAUCAAUCCCCAUAAAGUCCGCAAAGGUAGUUGGUGUCCUACUUCAAAGAAAUGUCUGGCCACUGGGGCGGCAUUCCUAGGGUUCAUGUAGGCAUUCCAAAUAGAGGACCUAUGGUUACAAAACUUUUUUUUUCCUUAGGUCAUUUUAGGUCUUGCUCACAUGCACCAGUCCAUAUGGGUAUUGUAUCCUUUAGACUACAUAUUUUGUGGUACACGUGAUACGAUGUCAAAUCUUGUAUUCUUUGUCAGAGUGUGGAUGAUGAACUGUUCUACCUGAAGUCAUAUAUUUGCAGGUGGUGUAGCCCAGACAUCUGUAGCAUCUGUUUUGACAUUAGCAUUAGAUAAAUUACAUGGGUAAAAUUGGUUGUUGUGAACCAGUAUAUCAAGUAGAUUAGUUCCCCUUUUGUAGCAAGUCAAGGGUGGUCUGCAAAAUAUUUAUGGUAAUUUCUUCUCCUUUAGUAAAUUACAGGCACUCCUCACUUACCGAGUUGUAGAAUAAAUUGGUCCGUAAGUGAGGAGUUAAGAAAUUCCCUGCUCUGCUGCAUUCUUCCAUGUUCGGGGAAAUGUCCCUGAACAUACACGAAUGCAACAGAGCAGGGAAUCCCUCUAAUCUAUGCGCGGGGAAAUUUCACUGCUCUGUUGCGUUCGUCUAUGUUCGGGGAAAUGUCCCUAAAUAUAGAUGAAAAAAUGGUAGGUCGCAAAACGAGGACCACCUGUACCACAAUUAAUCAAAAUAGCUUUAGACACAGCAUCACCAUUUGGUUUUAAAAGUCUGAGGGAAAAUAAUUCUAGAUGGUUUCUGCUCAUCAGUUAAUUCAAUUUCUGCUGAUUUUUUAUUUAUUUUUUCUAGAUUUGCUGGAAAGCCCUAUAUAAAAUAUAGGUCUUGCACCCUCUGUCUUACUAUUGUACAUCAUCUGAAUCUGUGAUGCACAUUUACCUGCAUCCACAUUAUUUCUCAAAACCAUGAGAAAUUGGGAGAUAGGAAUUGAUUCCUUUUGAGCUCCUGGGGUGGCAACUAGUACCAUGCAGAAAAGUGCUGUGAUCUGUGGGUUUAGUGUAGAGACUGUAUAACUGUUAGAUUUAGGAACUCCAUAAAGCCAGGACUGAAUUUACAUGUGAAUCUAAUUGGAGCAUGUAGGGUAUUGAGCUUAUCACACAUCCAGGUUAAUUGUAAUUUAGUACCUGUCCAAAUAAGAAACCGGUCAUCGGGGCGUGGCCGGACGUCGAAUGGAGCUGGCAGCACAUUGAAAGAGCUCCGCAGCUAAGGGCUCCUAAACGCGGCUAAAACCCACUAUUACCGGCUCGUACCCGACUCCCAGACUCGGGUCACGAUGUCCCAACACCGCGCAAAGAAAUGUGUGGACACGAAAGACAAAGCCGCCUUUUUCGCAGCCCGAACUCCACACCUCAAGCAGGCUGAAACACAGGCCCAAGAUGGCGCCGAGGCUGAACUCCAUGCGGACUUUGCCGACACACACGAGGCAAGCGCGGACACCCCGCUAACCCCGAAUUUACUGCAAAAGAUGUUAGACGCAGCGGUCCUGAAAAUGCAGGCAACAUUCACAUCGGCCCUGGCUAAAAUUAAUAACGAGAUCACCGACCUGGACGCACGAGCCUCCCAAUUAGAGGAAAAAAUGGAAGUAACUGCCACAGCCCAUGCAGCUAUCGAAGACAGACUAGAGGAUAUCGAAAGGAGACUGUCUCUACAUGAAACCAAAAUCACAGAUGCAGAAGACAGGUCUCGCCGCAACAAUAUCAGGCUCAGAGGGGUCCCAGAGGAUGUGGAAGCCCAGGACCUAACGGCCUUCAACAUGGAGCUGUUCCGCGCGGUCUUGCCAGACAUACCCGCAGACAUGCUCUUAUUAGACCGCAUCCACAGAAUCCCGAGACCGCAACACUUACCAACAACCGUGCCACGAGACGUGCUCAUGCGGCUCCACUAUUACCACACAAAAGACCAAAUCCUCCGUGCACACAGAACUAGGAAAGACCUGCCUGAUAAAUUUAAACCUAUCCUCCUCUUUACGGACCUGUCGGCGGAGACACUCCGGCGGAGAAGAUCCUUCAAACCAGUAGCAGAGGCCUUAAGACACCACCGCAUUCCCUACAGAUGGGGCUAUCCAGCGAAACUCCUCAUCACCAAAGGAGGGAAGCAACUCAUAGCCGCCUCACCGAAAGAAGGCCUGGAGCUGCUGCAUAAAUGGGACAUAGCCCCAAACCUACAAACACCAGGCCUGCGCAAGACACAGAAUAUCGACGGCCGUCCUCAGCGACAACGGCGAGCUACCUCCAGGGACGAUGACCACUAACCAUAUCAGGAAUAGCAAGUGUUUUUACUUUCUUUAAAACCUAAAACAUGUUUGGCUAUAGAUUGAUGUUAAAAAUGAUUGCUGGCUAGAAUAACCACAUCCCAAAAGGUUGACAAAUUGCAGGUGACCUCUAUUUACUGUAAAACAUAUACAAAAAAAAAAAAAAAGUUUUUCUUUAUAUAUUGCAGGAACAGAGUAAGAUACAAAUUAAGUGACAAGACUAAUGAUCCACAGGAUCAGCCACAUUUAACCUCCCCGUGGCAAUUGACUUGAAACGACCCCUAGAGACCACGUAGGUAGUCAAUAAUGUAGGGGCUUUCGUGCACCGAUUAAAGGCUUUAGAGGCCUGCUGACGCCCCAAUGUUAAUCUCCCUAACGCCUACUCCCUCUCUAUUUCCUUAGAGAGCCCUCCCGAGUAUAUGAUUGUACUAGACUACUUGCGGUUAAGUUUGCUGGAUCACCAUGUAAGUUUAAGUGGUGUCAAUCUCUCAUAGCCCACCUCUGCCAGAAUGGAGGAAGCGAUGUAACAACUGCAACCUGUAUAUAUGUUUAAUUGUGUUUUUACUGUUUCCAUGCACCUGUCCGACGCACCCAAAACGCGCCCAGGCACACCCAGAGAGGCCGCAACUAUUCCCACAGCAACCCUAAUGGCGGGGACAAAACCACCAAAAUGUUAGCAAAGUACCGCCCCCCCCGAUAAAUAGAUCACCAUGCCGAUACGACAUGCAGAUUAGAGGGCCCUAUGAGCAAAAUACCCCCCGUAUUGCCCACUACGACUCAAGCCAUAUGUGCCACCCUAUUUGCCUAUACCGGGGCGCUCACCCAACAACCCCCCCUCUGCAGCGGCACCCUAAGACAGGGCGAGAACCAAGCGCACCCACACACUUGCUAAACUAACAUAUUUACGGGUGGGGCCUGCACAAGGUAGGCCCUAGAUAGCUGUCAGCUGGAUUCGACCCGACUGCACUACCCCCGCUUGAGAAGUGCCCUCCCCGGCACAUACCCCCGAAAGUACCCUUUGUAUAUUAAAUUUUUUUUGUAAAGUUUACUGUUUAACCAUACACCCCCAGGUUUUAAUACCCUACCCCUACUGUUAGCCCCCGCCCCUGGUACCAACACCCGACCCAACCUAGACCUCACAAAUUAUACGAAAGGGUCUUCCUGAGACGCAAACAAAGGCACCGACCCCCAAUUCAGAACCUUCAUCUCUGCACCAACCCAAGUGACCUACCACUGGUCACGACAAUGAAAAUAUAUACCCACAAUGUGAGAGGCCUAAACGCGCCCCAUAAGAGAUACAAUCUCCUCAAAGAGAUCCGAACUUCACAAGCAGACAUCAUAUGCCUGCAAGAAACCCACUUCAAACAUGGCUCUAAACCCAUCCUUGGGCUUAAACAUUUUCCCUACCAAUAUCAUGCCACGUCCCCAUCUAAAAGCAGAGGAGUGUCGAUCAUGGUGAGCCACACCUUGGCCUUUGACCUAGUAACAACCCAGAUAGAUCCGCAAGGAAGGUAUAUCAUUCUCAUCUGCACGCUAAACAACAACACAUACACAAUAGUCAACUCUUACUUCCCAAACGAGAACCAACCCCAAUAUAUGGCCACGCUACUAGAUAAGAUCGAGAAAAUACAGAUGGGCACCCUAGUUCUCUGCGGGGACUUUAACCAUAUCCUCGACCCUGUGGCAGACUCCACAGCCACACACACACAAGAGGAAAAAGGCCCUACACAAACAAUGCAUCUCUCUGCACAAAACACUAGCAUCAUAUGGGCUUUACGACGCUUGGAGAACCCUCCACCCAACGGACAGGGAAUACACCCAUCACUCACAAGUGCACAACACAUAUUCCCGCAUAGAUGGCUACCUAAUACACAGCUCACAGCUACAACAGAUCAAAUCCUGUGAGAUAGAAGCCUCUACAAUCUCUGACCAUAAUCCAGUGUCUCUCACCCUGAUCGAUUCCUACAUAUACCAACAUCGCAGCCCCUGGAGGCUGAACGAACACUUACUGAGCGAUGUAGACUUUACCAACAAAAUACGAGAAGAAAUACAACAAUACUUCCAAGCCAAUGGUUCCGGCGAGGUAAGCCAAGCCACACUGUGGCUCGCGCACAAGCCGGUCAUCAGAGGGCUAUUACUCAGCCGAGCGUCCUAUCUCAAGAAAACAACACAUACUGCAUUGCUGAACCUUCUCAAACGGAUCCAAGACCUCCAUAGAGAAAACCAACUACAUCCCUCCAAGAGCCUUCAACAGAAAUUGCAAACAGCGCAAGACGAAGUUAAAGCAAUUCAUCUCAAGAAAGCCAACAUAGCAUUAAAAAAACUCAAAGCAACUUCCUACUCAAUGGGAAACAAAGCAACGAAAGUAUUAGCACAACGACUCCGGAUGAAGCCGGCACAAGCCCGCAUCCCAUUCAUAAACUCACACACCGGGACCAAGAUAAUACAACCCGCACAAAUCUGCAAUGAAUUCGCACAUUAUUAUACCACCCUAUACAACCUGAAAGAUCAGCACUCCCUGGCCCAACCCACGUCCACAUCAAUUCGCAACUACCAGGCACAGAUUGCCCUCCCCAAACUCCUUGAACAGCACGCAGCACAACUAUCAGCACCAAUCACCACAGACGAAGUGCUCACCCUGAUAGACAGAAUGCCGAAAAAUAAAGCCCCAGGCCCGGAUGGCUACACUAACGCUUAUUACAUGGCCUUCAAGGCAGAAAUUGCCCCAGACCUCACACGCUUCUUCAAUGAAGCCACCCGACUGGGUACCUUUCCCACCGAGUUCUUAGCGGCACAUGUUAUCACUAUCCCCAAACCAGGGAAACCCUCGACCACAUGCCAAAACUUCAGGCCAAUCUCUCUCCUGAAUGCAGACGCAAAGCUAUAUGCCAAAAUCUACGCAGAACGACUCAAGACCAUACUACCAACACUAAUUCAUACAGACCAGGUGGGAUUCGUAGCAGGAAGGCAAGGGUCGGAUAACACCAGGAAAGUACUAGACCUAUACAACAUACUGAAAAACACCAAACAAACGAGCGUCAUGCUAUCCCUAGACGCCGAGAAGGCGUUCGAUCGCCUGAACUGGCAAUUCCUCCAGGAAACCCUACAGGCCUACGGAUUCCCAGCACCCUUCCUCUCUGCAGUUAGUGCCCUAUACAGUGAUCCCAGGGCGACGGUACUCACCUCAGGAUUCAGUUCACAGGCCUUCCCCAUUACUAACGGAACCCGACAAGGUUGCCCACUGUCCCCUCUCCUUUAUGUGCUAGCCUUAGAACCCCUGGCAAUAGCAAUUCGAUCCAACGAUUCCAUUCGAGGUGUACUAGUGGGCCAAACAGAAUAUAAACUAAGCAUAUUUGCCGAUGACAUCCUCCUCACACUCACACAACCACUUAUAACACUCCCCUCCCUACACAAAGAAAUACAUGCAUACAGUCAACAAUCUUAUUACAAACUCAACGUGGCUAAGACACAGGCAAUGUGCCUCAACACACCAAAACACAUAGAAACACUCCUGAGAUCCGGCCACUGCUUUGAUUGGAGAGAAGAUUACUUGGUGUACCUAGGGAUCAAAAUAACCCACAGAGAAAAGGAACUAUUCCCUACCAACUACGUAAAACUGCACAAAGAUAUAGACACCCAGCUGCAAACAUGGAGGGGCCUGUACCUAUCAUGGGUCGGAAGAAUAGCAGCACUGAAAAUGACAAUUCUACCUAAAAUUCUCUACCUCUUCCGGACACUACAAAUCAAAAUCCCACAAAGCUACCUCACAAAAUUACAGGCUACCCUCCUCAGAUUCAGCUGGGGAGGCAAACACCCCCGAGUCCCCAAAUCACUUCUGUUGAGAAGUGCGAAACACGGAGGUAUGGGCCUCCCUAAUCUCAAAGCGUAUUAUCACUCAGCCAUCCUUGCGAAUGCAGUCAGUGCUCACUCGGCCAAGUACAUCCCCCAAUGGGUAGAGAUAGAAAAUAAGUACAGUGAGAACCAGGACCUGCCUACAAUGCUCUGGAUACCUCGACACCUGCGACAACAACCUACAACCAUGCUGUACACUACCAAACACCUUCUCACAAUAUGGGACACCUACAGGGACCAACUGUGCUCCGCACACCCGUGGGCCCUGGCAACUCCAAUUCGGACCCUGCACCAAUGCAAUGGCUUGUUUCCACACCAUAAAUGGGCAGAAAAAGGAAUUACACAUGUCUACCAACUGUGCACUAAGGCAGGUCUCAAACCGUUCCCAGACCUACAGAAAGAAUUUGCCCUCCCCCCAAGCUACACAUUCGCUUAUCUACAAAUCAAAGCGCUAAUAACUCACAACGUAAUCAAAGACAUGGAACACUCACUGAGAUCGUCCAUAACGAAAUUUGAAGCACAAUGCCUCUCCCUAGACCCUCCAAAGAAAACAGUUUCCACCUGUUACGACCACCUUGCCAACCCUAAAAACAACGACACAUGGAAGUUUAUGCAGGAUUGGCAGACAGACCUCCAGGUCACAAUACCACCAAACGAAUGGGAAAAGAUUUUCACUUCUCAUAUAGGGCUCACAACAAGUACAGCACACCUGGAAGCAUCCAGGAAAAUCCUAUACCGAUGGUACAUGGUACCGACCCGACUGCACACCAUAUUUCCCAACACUUCAGACCUAUGCUGGCGCUGCCAUGCAACUAAAGGAACUAUGAUGCAUAUGUGGUGGACAUGCGAUAGUGUGCAAGAUCUUUGGAAAGCUACAGUCCGACUGGUAAGAAGUGUCACGAAUCUCCACUUAGCUCUCGACCCUAAAACAAUCCUACUCCGAUUGCUCCCAGACGACUUUCCAAAACCGAUCAAGAAACUGAUAUACAUCAUACUGGGCACGGUGUCCAUAUUAAUAGCCAGGAAAUGGAAAACAGCUGACUUGCCCUCCAUCCGGGAAGUUGAAACGGAAGUAACACUGGCAAUGGAGUACGAACUCAUCAUGUGGAAGCAGGCAAAAAUCGGGAAACUGAGCCCCUACACCGCCACAAUAUGGCGAAACUACACACAUCAGCUCACACAACACCAACAUAGUCAUUAACGAGCCCGCAAAGAGGCCACAGCACUGGCUACCAAAACGACACCACCCUUUAAACCAACACUGAUCACCAGACACACUUACCAACCCACCCUGUGACAUGGAGGUCACGAUCCUAGGACCCACCAACAACCGCAAACCGGUACCACGCUGCUACCCCCCUCCACCUGUUACUCGCCCCCAAUACACGGGGACCCCCCACUCUCACCUCACACCCUCAACACACCGCAGGCACCCUGCCCACAACGACACCCUUCCCCCCCGGAGACAGGGGACCUCGUACAAUAAUGAAAUAAACCACAUUCGCAAAACUUAGUAUAACGACAAUUCACGUAACUAAAUGAGCGAACUCCCCACUCGUCAGAAGACCCCCCUAUGAGCAUCACCUACUGAAACACCACGAUAUCAGGGUAAUACUAAGUAAGGAAGGUCAAAUUGUGUCAGGGAGCUAUCCCCUCCCCUCCCUCUUACUCGUCCCCCCCCCCUUCAUUACAACUGUAUGUCGAAAAAUGUAUAGCAAUUGUACGACCCCACUAUGUACAUUUGAAGUUUCCCCUUCUUUUCUGUACCCCAUUUCCUUGUCUUUAUGAAAAUAAAAUUUCAAAUUGAAAAAAAAAAAAAAGAAACCGGUCAUCAAUAAAUUGCAUACAGCAGCAAAUUCACGGUUUGUCUUUUGACAGGAUGUAUUUCAUUUCUUUGCAUUUGCCUACAUUGGAGCCAUUGCAGAUGCAAUCGAGGUGCCUUUGCGUUGUUUGUAAAAACAAGCUUCAAAUGUAUAGUAAUAUCCAUUAAAUGUAAAAAUUGUAAAAUGAAGUCAGUAGGGUAACCUAACUAUUGAUUGGUAUCUGAAAUAACUUUUCUCAUGGCCUUGGUUCAUUCUUUAUGCUGACGGCCAGGGCGACAAGUAAAUCACAUGAAGGGGGAAUCUCGUUCUUUCAAUCUAGGAAUGACCUCAGUAGUGUUCCGAAGGCAGGUUUUUUUAGUGACAUUACAGGGCCUUAAAAUCGAAUCAGGCUAUCUUGCAAUUGAUUUCAACAAGCCACAUUUUGCAAAAACAGUCUGCCUUCUUGGGGGCCUGAUUGGAUCAUUAGGAUCUUUUGUAGAGUAUAUAAGAUUGGGCACUUAGGAUGUUGUUCAUGUAAAUGGUUGUAGAUAUCUUGUGAAAUAAAGCCUUUACCAAGGCCCAUCUGUAAGACUGUAUGUUUGUUUGGAGUUGUGUACAACGAUCUUUCAAUUUUAUCAUCUGCAUAAACAUCUGCAAAUUGGCAUAAACGGUAGUCUGAGUAAUUACAGGUAACAAUGCCACUUCCUUUCUCUGCCGGGCAGAUAUAGUUAUAGUGGGGUCCUUGGAAAGCCUCUGUAGAGCUUCUCUUUCAAUUUUAAGGAUGUCAGAGUGUUGAAUGUGUUUGUCAUUUAGAUUCACAUCCAAAUCAGAGUGUAGAUUCUGUAGAAAUUAUUUGAAAGCUGCAUUAGUGGCCAGUGGAUCAAAUUGAAUUCAGAGUUUAAAAGCAGAGGCGUCGUUCUUAAUUUCAUUCUAUGGGAAAAAAAAGCCUCUGCUAAGUGGAGAGAGCAGCCAAAUUUUAAUAGUUCUGUUUUCACAAAGAAAAGGGCUAGGUCCAAUUGAGUGUACAAAUGAAAGCCCCAUUGAAAGUAUUGAUAAUUUGCCCUUAUCAAAAAUUUGAGGAGAUAGAUUAAAGAUAGGAAUUGUCACCAUUUUGUUGGUAGUCUGUCCCUUUAGGCUGUUUUUACCUACCUUCUGUCCCCUGCUGAUGGCAUGACAACACUUGCUCUUAAACCAGCGCUGCUCCCUCUGCCAUCCUUUGAGGACCUGGAGCCUAAUCCUAAAAAAUACUUUCCAGAUGAAAGUUUGUGUGUGGGUGAACUCACUUCAUUAGCAAUUUGCUGUGUUUCAGUCUCACAUCCAGAUUCCCCCAAUGUGACAUAUACAGUGUGUCCAUAUGGACUCCAAAUUAUUUGUCUCUAGCAUUGGUGCUUUCAAGAUAGCAUUAUUCUUAACCUCAAAUUCUUUUAUUUUCAUUUUGUUGAUUUUUGAGUUCAUUUCCCACCUCCUUAAUCACCAACAGCAUAUUGUCCAAAGCACAUUUGUUGGAAAUUGCAACCCUCCUUCUGCACAUAUCUGGGUUAUUUAUUCCUAUGGUAGGCGUAUUUUUAAUGCAGAAGCCUCUCUGUAUUUUCUUCAUUCUAUAGUAAUCCGAAAGAUAAAUGGCCUGAAGUUCCAGAUCAAUUUCCCUCUGUUUAAGUUUUUCAAGAUCUCUGUAUAGAUCUUUCUUAUUAAUGGCUGCUGGGAGACAUAAAUCAGAUUGUAGCCACAAAAUCGCUGCUGCUUUGUUCAUCAGUAAACUGCACAGUCUCUGCAUAAUCCACAUAAACAUCUGCUCUUUUUACAAAAUUAUCACCAUAACUACUGUAGCUCACUGACUCCAUCCCGAUGACACAUGUCAAAAUGUACAUUAAAGUUAUUGGACUUGUUUAAAAUAUUUUGUACUCUUGUCUCUAUUGUAGAGAAACCUGUUUCUCAUAUGAUUUGCGAGAAGUGGAAUAUAGAGGAGUAGUUUCAUAAAUAGUUGGAAUUGUAUUAUGAGAAUUGGAAAGGGGGUCCUAAUAAUGAACUAAAAUGUAAAAAUGAAGGGACCUAUAGAGGGGGAAAAGUAUAACUUUUGUAACUUUUUAUUUUAUUUUUUUUCCAUAAAUGUCCCUGAAACCAAGCAUAUAUAAGAUUUUACAAAGAUUAUUUUUUUAGUUGGUGGAACAAUAACCCAUUGCCCCAUUUUAACUGUAAAUAUAUUUGGUUCCAGAGGGGCAAAAAUUUAUUUUUCCAAAUGUUGAUAUUUACUUAUCCAAUACCGUAUUGAAACCUUAAGAUAAAAUUCAAAUUUGCAUUUUCUAAAGAAAUUACUAAGGAUGCACAUGUGUGCCUUUAUUUUGUUUGUGCGUAUUUAUGUACGUAUAUAGAGUAUCAGAACAGAUACCCACAGACUUCAAAUCAACUCAACAACAUCACAUUUAUUAUUUGCUUGGGAAAAUAUUUUGUGUCCUAGUUUUUUUAAAUCCUUACAUCUUCUUGUGGUACAAAAUGUAUUCAAUUUUAAGUGGUACAUAUUAACAUUUCUCAUUACUUGACAAUUUAAAGUAAGAGCGUACAGUAUUUAGAAAAAUGCAUUAAAAAAUUCCCUGUUACAGGUAUUGCCCAGCUUAUCAAUGCCUUGAUCUGUCCACAUUCUUAGAUAUUUUGUAAUAGUAUGCUCCACCGAAAACAAAUCCCAGCAAAGUAAUUUGAAGGGUAAACCACAUCCUAGCAAAUCUAAUUAUUUUUUUAAAUAUCUCCCAACGUUUUUUGUGUGUGGAAAAUCUCUUUUCAGGCUUCUUUUGACAGCGUAAUUUAUUGAAUAUAUAUAUAUCUAACUAUAAUUGGAUAUAUUGAAUUAUCGAACUAUAAAUAUAUAUUGGGUUAGUGUAGUGAUAUGGGGCACUAUAACCUCUUUGUAAUUUAAUAUUAUACCUUUUUUCAAUACAGGUAUUUCCCUAAAGACACCGAUAAAAGACCCAAGUGGAAGAAACGCUUUAUGCAAGGACGUACGGACCGUCCAGAAAAAGAAGAAAAAGAGGCAUUAUACAGGGAGCAUUGGCCACAGUUUGUGCGGAAGCUCCAGGGAAAGUAGGAUCCUUAAUAUGUAUCCCAAGUUAACAUUUGUAACUGAUCUUGUUCUUCAGCACUGAUCAUUUGUGAUGUUUUUGUUUAUACCUUUUUGCUGCAUGCAAGCGUUUUCAGGACGUGUUUAUUUUCAAUAUUUCCAUUUUUUGAAGCUGAACUUGUACGUCUUGAUCAUUUUCAAAUCUUUGCAUUUUAAGCAACUGUGUAUUUAGCUAUAGUGGUGGGGGAAUUGAUUGUGCCAAUGCUUGUAGUGACCACUUCAUGUAUACAUUUAGUGACAAAACUGCAUUCCAUACAUAUUUUGCAUAUGCCUACUUGAAACUGACUUCGUCCUUGGAAAUAAAUAAAACAUGUUAAUUACAGUUUUAUUUAUACAAUGAUUAUAACGGUAUAGCCUCCUCUUAUUUAUAUGUGACAGACUGUAUUUACAUGCUACUGUCCUUCUUCUUUUGUCUUUUCUAGGUACUCAGCGAGUACAAUUGAUGCUCUGGAACUCGUAGACGAUGAAAAGGUUGACCUUGACCUCAUUGUGGAACUCAUCAGGCAUAUUGUUCUGAAAGGAGAGGUAUGCGAUUAUGCGAAUUACUGCUGCUUCUCUUUAACUUUUUUAUUAAACCUGAGACCAAUAAGUACAUCCCUAAUGUGGUGUUUGUAUUAUUUGUAACUUUAGUAAUAGUGGUGUAUAUUAUAAAAGUGUCAAAAUCUCUAUCAUAUACAAAGUACAGUCUCAUGAAUACUGGUGUGAAUCAUCCAGACAUUGUUAAGCAGUUUCAGUUUGUUCGCAUUCAAAUGAAUUAUGCAUUUCAGGAUUUAGAUGGUAUGAUGCAAAGUGAAUUUAAAGUAGUGUGUGAAUUGAAAGCACCAGCCUGCAGCAAAGCUAUUUUAAAGGCACCAUUAUGAUUUACUCUUUUAAAGAAGUAAAAAAAGAGAAAAUGAACUGUCACAAUUCUGCUUUUGUAUUUUAUAGUUUAUUUGCUUGUGUUAACUCUGUUGAGAUCAAAUUCACUAGCUUAACCAAGUAGCAAGCUUUACCAUUUUUCAUUAAUAUAAUCAUGUCUGAUUUUACAAACUCUCAAACAAAGUCACAGUGAAGUGUUUGGGGCUGAACUUGCAGUAGUUGAUUUGCCUGUGAAUUCUGCUGUCUGCUAUUCACUUUGUCAGCUGAUCAAUUUUUAUUGCAUUUUGUUUGCACUAGUAAUAUCAUUCAUAUUUUCAGAGUUUUGUUUUGUGUUUUAAUAGGAUGGUGCUAUCUUGGUAUUUCUUCCUGGCUGGGAUAAUAUUAGCACAUUGCAUGAUCUACUGAUGUCCCAAGUCAUGUUUAAAUCAGGUUAGUUUAUUAUAUAAUUUUAUGAUCAUUAAAGCAUUGUAUUUAUCUGACAUAACACGUGGCAGUUAAAUAGACACUCCAGACCCCUAAAGCAUAAUUUGUUUCACUUUACAAUAAGUACAGAUUUCAAUAGAUAUUGGCACUUUUACAAAUUAACUUGGUUACACCCCCUGGCUGUCAAUCAGACAACAGAUCAUGUUACUUCCUGGUUUGGUUAGCUUAGUGGCGCUAAACUCAAGAAGCGAGCAAUUGCCCAGAGCACCUGAAUUAUAUAUAAAAUAUACAGAUGUUUUACAACACAUGUUCUUCAGACUGUAAUAAGUGUUUGUACGUGAACUCCGUCCAAUAUAUAACCGCAAGGAGCUCAAUAAAACUUGUUCACAUGUUGGUGUGUAGUACCUGCUUAAUUACUUCGUAAAUAGUUGUAAAUGUGUAGAGUAAAAGAAAGAGUGAACCAAACUAUGACCUCCUCCAUCCAAGAUUAGCAAUUGUUUCCAGGAAUUCAGCUAUCUCCUGAUAAUCUGUUGGGGGAGUUACUGGAGUGAUUCAGACAGUGCAAUCCUCUACUUCCAGAGUUUCAUCAUGGGGAGAGGCGUUGAAUAAGUGAUUGCAGUUGCUGUGCGGGUUUCUAAUUCAAAUCCAAUUUUUGUAUAAAAUAGCUUUGGCUUUUUAUGUGCAAAAUAUAAUUAUUAUUUUUUAUUUUUUUUUAAAUGCAUCUGCAAGUUCCCCAUGUUACUAGUAAAGAUCGGUCAUCUUACUAACUGGGAGUUCUUGGCAGUUGUGGAGGUUUCUCAUGAUACUCCAUCUCUUUGGGGUCAUUUAAAGCAGCUGGACUGCCAAAAGCUGUAUGUCAGUGCUGUAAUCUCAGGAAAGAUGUGUUGACACCGAUAACCACACUUUAUAGAGAAGUGUCUUUUUAAAGAACCUUAUGUGUCAGUGUGCAUAAACUUAUUUUAAGAUUUAUAUGUGCUUUUCUUGUUUCCCAUUGUCCCUGAAUAUGUAAAAAUAUGUUUAAUUUAUUUUCAGAUAGAUUUGUUAUUAUUCCUUUGCAUUCCUUGAUGCCAACUGUAAACCAGACACAGGUAUGAAACUAUAACCAACUAGAAAAAUAUGUAUGUUUAUAUAGGGGUGAGUGUGUGUUGACUGUGGAGGCAUGUAUGAAGACAUUUUUAGAGCCGUGAAGUAGCAUGUGUAUGUAGUGUGUAAGAAGACUCCCCUUUCAAGUGGCAAAGGUAAAGUCAGUUGUUAAAGGGACACUAUAGUCACCAAAACAACUUCAGCUUUAUAAAGGCAUUCAUGCCAUGCAGUCUAACUGCUCAAUUCUCGGCCAUUUAGGAGUUAAAUCACUUUAUUUAUACAGCUCUAGCCACACCUUCCUGCAUGUAACGUUUACAGCUUUGCUAAACAUUUUCUUUUCAAGUGAGGGCUCAUGUUUAUACUUCCUUUAUUGCACAGUUUGUUUAAUUUAGAAUUUAUAUUCUGCACUGGUAAUAGCGUGCAAGAUCUUGCACGAGCCUCUUGAGUGUGAUUAAAGUUUAAUUUACAGAGCAGGAGAUAAAAUGUCUAAAGAAAGUUACUAUCUAAUUGAAAAUGAAAUAUUUUUUUAUGCAAGCCAGGGGAGGGCUGCAUGGACAGAAACAAAAGUGAUUAACUCCUUAAUGGCAGGGAAUUAAUUGAGCAGUUAGACUUCAGAUGCAUGGCCUAUACACUCAAACUGCUUCGUUAAGCUAAAGUUGUUCUGCUUACUAUAGUAACCCUUUAAGCAAUGAGUCAUCAGCAUCAGAGCAACUGACCGAAUUUAGUGGGCUCCCGAGGUUAUCUCUGAAGAUACAAAAGUGUAUGCACACUUACAAAAAUAUACCUAUAGGCAUACAUACACAUUUACACAGAUAAUUAUUAGCAUAUGUUCAGACACGUGUAAUCAUGGGUACACAAACGCAGUAAAAACACUCACAGAUAGACUUAGAUACUGAUACAUUCCUAGGAAAUUGUGAGGGAAGGUUACGGAACCAUUCUAAGUAAAAUCACAGGUAACAUUUGAAUUUCUGAAUGGUAGCCUUUCAGUGGGGUGAAGGGAGGUAAGUUAUAUUAACUUUUACAAAAGGCAGGCCUGCAUCAAACACAUCUCGGUAAUGAAUAUUUCUAUGGAGUGCAAGUCAGUUAACAAAAUCAAGGAGUCGGAAUCUUAUGGUCAUUCUCAAAUAUGGUGUUUAAUCAGGCUACACAAGGACAUGUACUAUACUGGGAGAGAAAGCUUUGCCACACCUGUAAACCCAAGACCAAAUAUUGCAGUUAUGGCAAGGCCAGCUUAGUCUUUCAUACUUCUACUGUUGGGAAAAUAAAGUCUGAUAAUGUUAACUGGUAAAUACUUUGAAUCCCUUUAGGGAUAAAAGCACUACAUAGCAUUACAGCAUGAUAUGGAUUUUACUUCAGUUGGGUACCUACAAACUUAAAAUAUUAACUAGCACUCCAUAGUUGCAUAGUAAUAAAGGUUAAAAAAUUAUUUUGAGUUCAACCUUUAAACACAUCCUAAAAAAUUAAAGAGAUGUGACCGAACCCUGAGGCAGUUCACUUAACUCUAUUGUCCAUAUAACUAACCUUUUAGAUGAACUGAAAUAUAAAUGAAUUGACUUAGUUUUACUCCAUGGUCAUACAUUAGUAAAUGUAGUAACAGCUAACUGUGUUUGAUUGAAACUACGAGACACUAAUUAAUGACAACAAUUCAUAUUCUAGGUCUUUAAAAAGCCCCCUCCUGGAGUUCGAAAGAUUGUAAUUGCCACCAACAUUGCAGAGACAAGGUAAAUACAUUUUAGUGGAAAACAUUUUAUCCAAUGGCCCACUGAAAUGUGAAUUCAUCUAUAAGCAACAAUAGCAGAUUAUACACUAGCAUCCAACAUGUCUAGCUUUUAAAAUUGUCAGCAAUACUGCUCCUUUUAUUGCCCCAACACGUUGUAUGCUCUUGCUUUGUCUUCCGGUAUUUGCAUAGCUAGCCAUGGUAAACCAGCUUGACGUAUACCUAAUUGUUUUCUUCUUCUACCUUAAAAAAUGUAUGCAAACCUAACUAGCCACACACCUGUUAUACCUAUGUUCAUUGAGCCUGCUACAGCUGUUGUGGCGAGACAGGCACUGUUGUACUUUACCGCAUACCAAAAAUAAAGAAUUAUAAAAAAUAAAAAAACACAUCCAGCUUCUUAGUGGUAAAGCCCUGCCUCCCCUUUAAGUUGUUCUAUUUCGAACCAGAUAGUCAUAUUUCUAGACAGAUUAUUUAAUGAGAUUGUUAUUCAUUUUCAGGAGUUUUUUUUCGAUUUAGUGGUUUAAAAUCACAAUUUUAUUAAAGACUGGAGGCAGAUAUUAUACCUCCCUUUUAUUGUCCCAACAAUAGCAGAUUAUACCUUUUGGGCUUUAUUUACUCUGAGUGAUAUGUCUACAUCAGGGUUAGUUAGCAACUCAAAACAUAUAACUGUUUUAAUUACUUUUAUUGUCCUAUUAAAAUUCUUCUAACUUAUCUCUAAAAUCACUGUUCCUGGGACAUGCUUUGCCAACCAUGAUAAUGCUAGAGUUGAAUGCUUUUGUAUUACAUCAUGUUCUUAUUUAUAAUAAAGUAUCUAAAGCCUAUCAAGCCAGACUACUAAUGACUGUACAUUUCCAUUGUGAUUGCCCAUUGCUUAUUGAAUAAACACCCAACACCCAUAUAACACUGUGGCUUGGUGGUCUGCAAGAUGUGGCCUAACAUGCCGAGCUUUGAGAAAUGUGAUGUUUAGAGAACAAACCCUUUUGUUACUUUAAAUUUAACCUGUCUGUACAUAUCAACAUUUACAGGGUUAUUCACUACAAUGAGAAUUUAAGGUGACCUCAAAGUGAAUUUCACAUUUAAGGUCAAAGUAAGCUGAACUGAAAAAUUAUCUUGCGUUCAGUUCGGAUACUCAGUCCUUAAAUUUGAAAUACUUUGAAUUCUUAUUUUAGUAAAUAACCCUGUUAGAUACUUUUGGUUUAUUCCACUACUGAUUCCACAGGUACCAGAAUGUUUUCUCAGGAAAAGGAAAUAUUCUUCACUGCAAGCGUGAAUUGUGGAGCUGACUUUUUUUAGGAUAUUAGACAUGAUGGAAUGUGUUUUGCUUUACAAAGCGGGAUCAGUUGCUUCUAAUGUUUCAAAAAGAAUAUUACUUUUAAUAUAUGAAUGUCGAUAUCCAUAAAAAUAUGUGUAAAUACCUACUGACCAUUGGAAAACUGCAUUUAACAAGAGUAAAAAUUAAUAUAGAAAAUAUUUCUGAUGCUAUAGUGAUUUCUUAUAAUCAACAUGAUAUUUUUUUCUUCUGCAGUAUUACAAUUGAUGACGUGGUUCAUGUCAUAGAUGGGGGAAAAAUAAAAGAGACACACUACGACACACAAAAUAACAUUAGCACAAUGACUGCUGAAUGGGUUAGCCAUGCUAAUGCAAAGCAAAGGAAAGGUCGUGCAGGCAGGUAAGGAUAAAUAUAUGUUGCGGUAGUAUUUAUUUGGUCGGAUUUUUUUUUUUGUGUGUGUUAUGUUAUAUAAAAAAUGAUGUUGCCAAACAAACCUACGACUCCAUAAUUACGCUGUAAAUUAUUACUAUGUACAUACAAAAAUAAGAAGACACUUGCAGUGAGGAGUCACUGAGUGCAACAAGCCCAAAGUAUAAUUCCCUCACAGAGCGCGCAGUAGAAAGGACUGUGCACAGUCAGCUAUGUAGCCCAAGGUAGAUUUAAGAAGAAUUACAAUGUUGCGGCUCAUAUAGGAGCCUUUAUUCCAGACAUUUCACACUUUACAAAUCUAUGCUGUUUUAUGCAUUUCCAGACUUAAAGGAUCACUAUAGUGUCAGGAAAACAAAGCAGUUUUCCUGACACUAUAGUGCCCUGAGGAUGCCCCCACCCUCAGGGUCUCCCUCCCGUGGUGCUGAAGAAGUUAAAACCCCUUCAGCCACUUGCCUUAUUCCAGCGCUGGGCUCCCUUGGCGCUGGUGACCUCUCCUCCUUGUCAGACGUCAGCUCCCCUGUCUGACACUGGAGCAGAAUGUGCAUGCGCAGCAAGUGCCACGCGCGCGCAUUCAAACUGUCCGUAGGAAAGCAUUUCUCAAUGCUUUCCUAUGGACACUCUGCACGAUGGAGGCGAAAUAUGCCUCCAGCGUCGCAGAUGCGCCUCUAGUGGCUGUCCGGAAGACAGCCAUUAGAGGCUGGAUUAACCCUAUGUUUGCAUCUAAAGGGUUAAAACCUGAGGGACCUGGCACCCAGACCACUUCAUUGAGCUGAAGUUGUCUGGGUGACUAUAGUGUCCCUUUAAAUUCUAUUAGUGUUUGUCACAGCAUGCCUCCCAACUAUCCCUUUUUAAGAGGGAAAGUCACAAUUUCAGGGUCCUCUCCCACCAUCCUGCUAUUACAAUUACAUGUUUACAUAGAAUGCACAGAUAUGUGUUUGAUUUUAAGUCCAGGAAGUAAUUCCUAACUGGUAAUAAUUUUCUUAUUGCACUUGGUGCAUGUUUAAUGUUAUAGAGCGAAGGGGAGCAGAAUUAGUUUGUGCUGAAUGAAUACUAUCCACAUUGGUUGAUUACAUUUAAAAAGGGGGAGACUUGGCAAGGAGUCCCAAAAACACAAACAAUAAGUUCAGAGUAGAGAGAUCUAUCUGUUCAUGGUGUAAAUUUCUGGCCUAAUUUUUAUAAUGCUAUCUACAAAAAAAUGCAAUUUGUUUCUAGUGUGAAUAUCGCAGUAUAAGCAUCCUGGAAAACUGAUGUGAAAUACAUUUAAAAAAAGAAAAAGGUCUGGUUAGUGGUACAGGGCAACUUCACUAGUGCAGAAUUGUAAUAUUCGUUUUGGCAUAUCACCCAAUUCGGGGCUAGCAAUUUAUGAGUAGAAAUAAAAUAGUAUUUUGAGGUAUUCUGACAAGGUCAGGCUAUCUUUAUUCUUUAUAGAUCCAUGGCAUUUUACAGAUGGAUUUAGGGGUGAGGGUUGAUUCCUGAUCAGUGCUUAAUUUGUAAAAUAAGGGAGAGAACAGCGAGAACUCUUUCAUUUUUAUCAUUUUGUGUUUUACAGAGUUCAGCCAGGUUACUGCUACCACUUAUAUAAUAGCCUGAGAGACAGCUUGCUUGAUGAUUAUCAAUUACCAGAGAUUGUCAGGACACCACUGGAGGAACUUUGCUUACAAAUCAAGGUAAAAUGUGUGCCUCCUAUUUGAAUUUCUACAACAUAUCUAAUUUGCUUCUAAAUAUCUAAGGCAAUUUAAAAAAAAUAACUUCCCUAACAUAGCACCCUUCAAAGAUUGCGUGACAUUUUGAGAGAGUUGUGCAAACAGAGUAUGCAAUACAGAGGUUGAUUUACAUCUGAGUCAGUGCCAUAUAUCUGAAACUUGUCCAAUUGUUCCUGAAGGCUCCAGUGAAGGGAGCAGUGUUAGGAUGUUUAGCAUCCACUUUCUGUAGUACUAAUUGGCAUAGCUUCCUAAUGGCUUGCAAUGUAGUAAUCAGUGAUGUCACACAUUCGUGGACUGUGAGCCACAAGGGAGCUGUGUUAAUCAGUACUAAAUGAAACACAUGCUGCAUAUGUCAGAAAACUCUUUCUCCAGGAGACAAGAGGGAAAGGGAUGUCUGUACACCAUAUAUGCUGUCACACGCGUUUCCUUUACACACUUAUAUCCUGCAUAAAUGCAUGUACUUACUCUCCAUCCCGCAGCUAAAACAUGACUAAAAACAUGGUGGUGUUUGCUCGCAUUUGUGAUAAGUAACAUCUAGGCCUGGUUAGUAGAUUAAGAGUGUGUUAGUAUAUUUAUAUGUGUUUUUAUAUUGUCAUGGGUCUUUUUUUUUUUUUUUGGGGUGUGUGUGUGACUUUUAAGAACCCCAUAUGGUUAGGGUACACAUAUGAGACCCUAGAGGGGUAAGGAAGCUGGCAUUUUCAUUAGAUGUCUGUUGAGAUAAACUGCUACAAUCAGACAAAUCCCCUGGCUGGAAUAUCACAGUACGUAUAAGUAGCUGAUUCGCCCUGCCCAUGUUCUCCUGUGAGGAAAUUCACCUACUUUAGCCAUACCACAGGGAUUCUGUAUUGUUGGUGCCAUCUCCUCCCCUCCCCUACUUAAUCAGAUGUACUUUCUACUUACAUGCCACCACUGUUACUGAUUUUAUUCUUUUCCAUUCUUAUGAAUGUUUUGCAAUGACUACCCUGUAGACAAAUGUGCUGUAUGUUCAUUGACCUUUUGAAAUCAAUAAAAUACACAUGCCAGCACACAUUAAUAACCACCUCACUUCCUUCUCUUUGGUUGGAUUAACUGUACAACUGAUUGAAGCCUAGUGGCAUAGUACAAACUAUUUUUAUUUGAUAAAUCAUUUUGUGGAAAUCCAGAAGUAUAUAUUUGUAGAACAGCUGAUAGCACAAUGUAUAUUUCCUAGGUACAGCUGCAUGAACUGAUACAUAUGCAUUACUCUUUUUCAAAUAGAUCUUAAAACUUGGUGGCAUUGCAUGUUUCUUAAGAAAGUUAAUGGACCCGCCAUCUCGAGAAGCCAUCUGCCUAGCAAUAAAUCAUCUAAUGGAACUGGUUUGUAUGAAUUUGGGCAGCAUUAUCCAAAAUAUGCAUUACAUGUUAGUGAUCCUGCUAAAAAUGACAUGCAUAUAUGUCGAAUUUACAAAUAAGUAGCAGAGAACACACAAAAAGAUAUAGAUUCAUAUAAUUUAAGGAUACUUAAAAUCACAUCCAAUGAUAAAAUAUGGGGAUUAUGUCACAUUAUUUAGCAAUACUGUUGGGCCACCACUAUGUUAAAGUACAAUAAUAUUGGUGGAUCCUAACCUCUGUAGAUACAAUUCUAAGGGGCAAUGUCUCAAUCUGACAGUUGAGCUUCUAUGCAAGUCAUCGUUUAAUAAAGAUUCAUACACUCCCCAAAGCAAUGUAAUGAUUUCCAACAAGUUCCUUCAGUUCCUCACAUAUUGUGUCUUACAAACAAUCCUAGGGUUGCAAAAUACAUUCCAACUAGACCAAGACAGAGAAGGGGCUAAAGCCAUCCCUGCUAAUGCACAAGUUUACAGUGACAGCAGCCAAGCAGGUUAAUGUAAUUUCUGUGUAAAAAGUACUGAAAUCCUUCCAGUAAAUUUCAUAUCUAAAACACUUUGACAUCGUUAAAAAGAGCAUGAAAAUCGUCCUCGUAGUGUGCUCUGUUUAUGCAGUGUAGAAAUCCAUAGAACAUGUUUUAAAUAUUUAUGUUAAAUGUGUUGAUAUCAUUCAGCAGUUUAUUUCUAGCGCAUUUACAUGCUUGCUUUGUUAACAUGACAGGCUCAGUUUGGAACUUACACUGUCUCAGUAACCGUUUAAAGCCGCACUAUUGAUUUGCAUAUCUUCAUCUGGUUGGAGAUUAUAGAGGGAGAUAUAAUUACCUAAGGUUUUUCCAGUAAUCUUCUCCUAGCAGAUGAAGCCACUUAGAGCUGAGGGAUGCUACAUAAAUCUUCUCAUGCAUAUAUAGUGUGUUCCUAUCAGCUGACAUGUGAUGGUUGGUUAUGUAAAGAUAAUCAAGCUGUAGCUGAUUAUUGUUCUGCCUUAUUUUGCCCUUUUCUUGUAUAGACCCUACAUUGUCUUAAAAUUCCUUUUAAUAGAGUUAGUAGUUCAGUUAACGACUACAACUUUUCCCAUAAGAAGAGAUGUUGUCACGUUAACCAUCCUUAAACAAAAAAUCAAUGGUAAAGAAACAGCAUCUCUAUCAAUAUGUUUACAGAAUGCUCUAGAUAAGCGAGAGGAACUGACCCCAUUGGGUUUCCACUUGGCACGCUUGCCUGUUGAGCCGCACAUUGGAAAAAUGAUCUUGUUUGGAGCUCUUUUCUGCUGUUUGGAUCCAGUACUUACUAUUGCGGCUAGUCUCAGCUUUAAAGAUCCGUUUAUCAUCCCUUUGGUAAGGAAACCAGUUUCAUGCUUUUCGUAAACUGUUGAUUGCUGAUUAACUGUUCACAAAAGCAAAAUGAUUGUUUGGAUAUAAUGAUACUGUGGAAUGUUGUAAAGGCGUUAACCCUUGUAUUGUCUGCAACAGCAUCUUGUAACUGAAUGUAUAUAGUGACAUUAGCAUAUACAUGCUAUAAAAGUAAUCUGUUCUGCUUUACAAAACAAGUGAGUUAUUGACAGGAUACUAAUGCAUGGUAGUAGGAUGAGCCGCUCUGUUUGUUCUGUUGUUCUUUACACUUCUAUUUCUUACUCUUAGGGGAAAGAAAAGUUGGCAGAUGCAAGAAGGAAGGAACUAUCCAAGAAUACUAAAAGUGACCAUCUGACUGUGCUGAAUGCCUUCUUGGUGAGCAAGUAGUUGAGGUUUUUGAAUUUUACAAAUGAUGGUUUAUUCGCUCAACUGGGAAUCAUGGAGAAUUGAAAAGGUGGUUGCAAAUUGUAACCUAAAGUUUCUGAGCUGGAAAAAUAGUUUAGUUUUCAACAAGAUAAUUUUUCCCGUUUUAUUAUGUAAGGCCUAAAAUGUUCAUGUUCCCUUGUCAUUACUCUACAAUUCCAAUUGAAGUGAAUAAAUGAUCUAGGAUAUUUCAUUCUUAUUUCAGAGUAAUCCAAGCUGAGCAUAUCAUGUUACAACGUUCCACCUGAAUAACUUAUUGCCUUAUCUUCCAAUGUAGGCCCCAUCAAUUUAACAUAAAGUGCCAUAGAACUGCUUUCUUUUUAUUUAUUUAUUUUUUGGUCAAUUGCUUGUAAACAUUUUCACAUAGAGCUGAAGAACUACUCAUACCCUAAAACUAAAAAUAUUUUUUUUUUUUUUUUUUGUGUAUUUGCCCUUUCAAUCUGUACGCCAUACGUUUGUAUUCGUAUGUUGCGUGUAUCCUGUCCCUCAGCUCCCUCAGGGAGGGAGGUUCUGGUCUCCUCUGUUUGCUAGCUAUGUUGGUCUUGGCCGCCUGGAGUAUGUGACAUAUGACUGUUUUGUGUGUGGAUGUUAAGAGUUCUGGUGAAAUAUGCAAUAGAUAACAUUCCGGGUGGAAUGGAACAUUAACAGAGGUGGCGUGCUUGACCAGGGCUCUCACUUGUUUCCAAUAGAUUGUCAGUCUAGGGCAGUACCAGAACAUAUGCAGUAGUGUGCCCUCCGCACCUCCGACACAUCUGUGACGUGGAUUUGUACAUCUGGGCUAACCUCUAAAAAUAUUCUUAAAUUGCUAAUUUGUGUCAAGAAGGAGACUUUACAUAUUAUAUUUAUACCAUAUAUAUACCAUUAUUUGUUGUUGGGAAGGAAGGGCUGAUUUCCUUUCACUGUAAUUCCUUACCCUCUGGUCUUCAUGUUUGGGAAGCUGGUGCUGCCUAGCUUUGCCAUUCAACAGGACUAAUAUUGGGUGCAAUGAAAUCAACUGAAACAUUUCCUUCAAUGAAGCCAUGUAGGGGAAACCCAGCGCACAUGAAAGUACAUGUCAGAAAAGCUGCAGAGUCAAGGACACCUGUCACUGGCAAUAUUUUGUAAUCCGCAUAUUGUUCAUUUGUAUUUGUAUAUUAGCAAAACUGCAUAGGAGCUUCAGAAAUGGCUUUGUUUAUAGAUAUAAUAAUACUCUGUAUACAUAGAGUGAAGCCGUUUCCUCCUACUUUUCCUGGUUUGAAAAUGUGUUUCAGCAAGUUUCCUUUGUGAUUGCUUUUGCUAUGUAAUUAAAACCGGUGAUUUCUCCAUGCCACACUAUAGUUUCCCAUUUUCCAUGUGUUUUUUUUUAAUACAUACACUUUCUUGAUAUUUAGGGGUUGUAUGUAACCUUGCCUAUUUUUCAAUAAUUUUAUGUUGAGCAAAAUAUUCUCUGUGUGUCUCACAUAUUUAUGUGUGUGGAGAGUAAUGAUUAGAUGAUUUGUAUUACAUGACAUGCGCAAGCCAGCUAAAAGCAUUACAAAAAAAACCAAAAAGCUGUUUUAUUUGUUUUGAAUUUCACAUACAGGGAGUGCAGAAUUAUUAGGCAAAUGAGUAUUUUGACCACAUCAUCCUCUUUAUGCAUGUUGUCUUACUCCAAGCUGUAUAGGCUCGAAAGCCUACUACCAAUUAAGCAUAUUAGGUGAUGUGCAUCUCUGUAAUGAGAAGGGGUGUGGUCUAAUGACAUCAACACCCUAUAUCAGGUGUGCAUAAUUAUUAGGCAACUUCCUUUCCUUUGGCAAAAUGGGUCAAAAGAAGGACUUGACAGGCUCAGAAAAGUCAAAAAUAGUGAGAUAUCUUGCAGAGGGAUGCAGCACUCUUAAAAUUGCAAAGCUUCUGAAGCGUGAUCAUCGAACAAUCAAGCGUUUCAUUCAAAAUAGUCAACAGGGUCGCAAGAAGCGUGUGGAAAAACCAAGGCGCAAAAUAACUGCCCAUGAACUGAGAAAAGUCAAGCGUGCAGCUGCCACGAUGCCACUUGCCACCAGUUUGGCCAUAUUUCAGAGCUGCAACAUCACUGGAGUGCCCAAAAGCACAAGGUGUGCAAUACUCAGAGACAUGGCCAAGGUAAGAAAGGCUGAAAGGCGACCACCACUGAACAAGACACACAAGCUGAAACGUCAAGACUGGGCCAAGAAAUAUCUCAAGACUGAUUUUUCUAAGGUUUUAUGGACUGAUGAAAUGAGAGUGAGUCUUGAUGGGCCAGAUGGAUGGGCCCGUGGCUGGAUUGGUAAAGGGCAGAGAGCUCCAGUCCGACUCAGACGCCAGCAAGGUGGAGGUGGAGUACUGGUUUGGGCUGGUAUCAUCAAAGAUGAGCUUGUGGGGCCUUUUCGGGUUGAGGAUGGAGUCAAGCUCAACUCCCAGUCCUACUGCCAGUUCCUGGAAGACACCUUCUUCAAGCAGUGGUACAGGAAGAAGUCUGCAUCCUUCAAGAAAAACAUGAUUUUCAUGCAGGACAAUGCUCCAUCACACGCGUCCAAGUACUCCACAGCGUGGCUGGCAAGAAAGGGUAUAAAAGAAGAAAAUCUAAUGACAUGGCCUCCUUGUUCACCUGAUCUGAACCCCAUUGAGAACCUGUGGUCCAUCAUCAAAUGUGAGAUUUACAAGGAGGGAAAACAGUACACCUCUCUGAACAGUGUCUGGGAGGCUGUGGUUGCUGCUGCACGCAAUGUUGAUGGUGAACAGAUCAAAACACUGACAGAAUCCAUGGAUGGCAGGCUUUUGAGUGUCCUUGCAAAGAAAGGUGGCUAUAUUGGUCACUGAUUUGUUUUUGUUUUGUUUUUGAAUGUCAGAAAUGUAUAUUUGUGAAUGUUGAGAUGUUAUAUUGGUUUCACUGGUAAUAAUAAAUAAUUGAAAUGGGUAUAUAUUUGUUUUUUGUUAAGUUGCCUAAUAAUUAUGCACAGUAAUAGUCACCUGCACACACAGAUAUCCCCCUAACAUAGCUAUAACUAAAAACAAACUAAAAACUACUUCCAAAAAUAUUCAGCUUUGAUAUUAAUGAGUUUUUUGGGUUCAUUGAGAACAUGGUUGUUGUUCAAUAGUAAAAUUAAUCCUCAAAAAUACAACUUGCCUAAUAAUUCUGCACUCCCUGUAUAGAGGCUGCAAUGACCUUUUUAUUUUUUUUAUGCAUCAUUAUACCCAUGUAGGAUAUUUGUUGUCAUGGUGCAUGCAUGUAUCCCAAUUCAUAGAAAAAUACAAAUAGAUCAAAUUAAAAUAAUGGCCCUAGGUGAAUUACUUUUAAUACAUAGUGUGGCUUGCAGAACUAGACCUUCAAGGUAAAACCCCAAAAAAUGCUUCUAGUUUAUAUACAUUGAAUGUAUUCGCUUUAAUCCACCAGCUCUUCUUCUUAGGGCUGGGAAGAAUGCAAAUGGCAAGGAGCCAGGGCAGAGAGAAACUACUGCUGGGAGAAUUUUCUGUCUUCCAACACACUCCAGGUAAGGUCUUCUUGCAAGAGUUCGUCAUUGUGUGACUGCAUGCCCCAUAAAUGUAUUUAACUCUAUACCUAAAAGCAUUGGGCUUAGUUUGUAUAAUUGUGGGAGUGUGUGUUUGGUUACCUUUGGAAGCCAAACUUGUGCUUUUAGACAUGGUCAUGGUGCAAGCAGUGGUGUAUUUAGGAUUUGGGCUGCCCUAGGCAGGACGGUGCUUGGGCCCCCUCCCCCACCCCCAAAUUUAAAUUUUCCUCACCCCUUCCUGUCAAGGCCACACUUUGACAGACGCAUACACUCACUGACAGACGCACACUCUCAUAUACACUGACAAACAAUGACACACACACUGACAGACGCACGCACUCACUGACCGACACAUACACACUCACAUUCACUCACAGACACACACACAUUCACUCACAGACACACACACAUUCACUCACAUACACACGGACACAUACAUACACAAUCACUCACAUACACACUGACAGACAGACAGACAUACAUAAUCAAAAAAAAGAAAAAACAUAGCAACAGUGAAAGAGAGAAAAGUCCUUUACUGGAGUUGAGUAGGUUGCAGGGUAUUGGGGCAUAACCCAGACUGGAGUCAGUCAAGUUCGAUAUUGAAAGCAUUAAGAAUGUGGAUCUUGACCUAUAUCCUAACAUGAACCUUACCAAACACGAGGGUAGAGCCCUUCAUUCCCUCAAAAUGGAUAGGGAGAUUACCAUCAAGCCGGCAGACAAGGGUCGGAAACAUAGUUAUUAUGAAGUCAAUUAACUAGGUAAAAAUGGCCCUUAAAAUCUUGGACGAUAGGAAUACCUAUCGUAUACUCCAAACGGACCCUACCAACUCUUUUUUUGAGGAAUAUAAAUCGAUCUUGGAUGUAGGUCACAGUAGAGGGCUGCUAUCCAUGGAGGAAUAUGAAUUUAUCCUCAAUAAGAACCCUAGGAUAGUGACAUUUUACUGCCUACCAAAAAUCCACAAAAACAAACUGGAUCCCCCGGGAUGCCCAAUUGUGUCAGGCAUAAAUUGUCUCUCACAAAAUGGGAGCAUUUACUUAGACAAAAUCUUGCGCCCAUUUGUGGAGUCCCUACCGUCCUUUAUUCAGGACACCAAGCAGACCCUGGCACUUCUCUCGAACCUUAAGCUCUCUGAACCUGUGAACCUAUGUAGCCUGGAUGUAGAGGGUUUUUUACUCCUCAAUACCUCACGAGGGAGGUAUACAACAUGUCCAGUACUACCUCGAGAAAAGAGGAACAAAUUAUUCUGCUUUGGAACUACUCAGAUUUGUUCUUACACACUAUUUUCUAUUCAAUGACAGGUUCUGCCACCAGGUGCGGGGAACAGCGAUGGGGGACAGCUUGUGCCCCAUCAUAUGCAAAUCUGCACCUGGGAUGGUGGGAGGAAACAGUCAUUAGAUCAGCCAAACUUUCAUCCUUUGCCCUUAUGAUACAUCUAUCGUUUUGUGGCUCUUCUAAAUGAAAAUGACUGUAAUCUUAGGUUCACCUCUGAGUUCGGUGGGAAAACUCAAUUUUUUGGAUUUGACUGUCUCUAUUGACAACCAAUUAUCCAUUCAAACCACUCUCUUCAAAAAACCUACCACUUCAAAUAGCCUUUUAGACUGGGGUAGCUUCCAUCCAAAACCCUUAAAACAAGGCAUUCCUAUAGGCCAAUAUUUAAGGGCCCGUAGGAAUUGCAGUACCAUUCACGAAUUUAAAAUUCAAGCUGACAAGCCUGCGACAGCAGUUUAAGGAUAACGGCUAUCCCAAUCGGUGCUGGAAGAAAGCAUACAGAAGAACUUUAGAGUCAGACAGAGAGACUCUAUUGAGCAACAACAAACCUGCGACACCUACUCUCUUUCCUCCUCGUAUGAUUGCAACUUAUGACGCUGGAUGGGAUAGAGUGAAAUCCGGUAUUCAGAGGUUCUGGCCCCUUCUAACAGGGGAUAUUCAUCUUAAAAAGAUUUUGGGACAAAGAGUGGAAAUGGCGGCACGUAGAGGCAAAAAUUUAAGAGACCUUUUAGUUCCUAGCCACUUUCAAUCACCACGCCCUGACACAAAGACCUGGCUCAACAGGCCUAUCACUGGCACAUUCCAAUGCGGGCGCUGUGUCGCCUGCAAGUAUAUAAAACGUGACUCCAAGAAGGUAUCUGAUAGUGAAAACAAAUAGCCCUCAGGGUUAGUGUAUUUGCUUACUUGCGAAUGUGAUUGUAAAUAUGUAGGAGAAACUUUUUGUCCUUUUAAAGAGAGGAUUAAAGAAUAUGUCAGGUCACCUAAACUCCCUAUUGAAACGCCAAUUGCUCGUCACCUGAAGGAACAUCAUUCAGGUCACACGGCCUGCGGUUUUGUGGGCUAGAAUUAGUAAAACGUGUCAAGAGGAGAGGUGACUAUGACAGGUUCUUAAGGCAAUGUAAAAAUUUUUGGAUCUAUAGGCUCAAAACUCUACAGCCCAAGGGGUUGAAUGGUUUUUCCUUUGCACCAUUUAUUUGAAACCUGUGUAAGUUUCUGUAAACCUUUUGAAUUCAAACUUUUUUUUUUUUUCUUUUUUUUUAAAGAGAGAAUACUUUUGAGUAGUGCCUAAGAACAAACUGGUAAACUGACUAAUCAGCAAAGAACUAGUGAUAACGUAAUAUUGGUUGUACCAGGAAAAAGAUGGUUACAUUUAUCACAUCAUAUUGGACUUUCUUGAUAGCUUUUGGGAUAGUUCUUUUAAAUCUCUCCCUGAGCAUUUGAUAUUUAAGAAACUCCUCGUUUAUUUAAGAUGGGAUAUAGCCAUGGACUAGGGGUUACAUUCUGAAUUAGAUGUAACUUAAUAAUCCCCCUAUUGAUCUAGGAGCCUGACUUAAAGAUUAUCAGCAUUAUUACCGUUUGCUCCCUUCACAAUAUUUUAAUAACCUACUUCUCUGUUUAUGUCCAUCACUUACACAUAUGCUUUUUUCGUUUGAUCAGCUUAAUCUGUUAAAAUUGAUUACAAAUACUACUCAUUGUUCCCUGAAUUAGGAUCACUUAGGAUCCAGCUCUCUAUUUGGCAAAAAGGGAGUUAAUUCAUCCCCUAUGCCGAUUUGAGGCUCAUGCCACUCAUUUCCCUAUUCCCCGCCCACCGACUGACGAUGACGUCAUGGAUCUGAUGGGCGGAGAUUAUAGGGUUUAAAAUGUAUCGCCUUUUCACACUCCGGUAAGCCCUUGACAAUGGCGCAUUCUGGCGCCGAAACGCGCAUUGAGUUUUACCGAAAUCACUGGGUCUUUUACUUAGGACGUCUACCCGUUUCUCUGUAUAUAACUGGGAGGGGAAGUUUGUACUUAUUGCUUAUUAGGACUUAGGUUUUCAGCUCCUACUUACUGUCUAUCCGCAAACCUAGGUACUCUACCAGGUUACUUCUAAUAUUAUUUAGCAAUAGCAGCUAAGUGACUAUCCGUAGAUAUCAGGCUAUGUAAAUAUUUUAUGGGCAGAUUUCUUCGGCUGGCGAUAUAAUAGGCCAUUUACCAGGAUUAAUCCGGUCCUUAUACAGCAUAGAUCGACUCUACAUGCCGUAGGUAGACAGGGUUCACGUACAAGGAUCCAGCGAUCUGGAUCGUGAUGGGCUUAGAUUGAUCGGUAUAGAGAAUUUAUAGUUCUCACUUAGGUCCGGCCAGACUUAUUUACUGUCGAUUUCUUUUUGUUUAAUAAAAAAUUCAGAUCAGGGUGGUGCAGUAGACAUUGCUUACCUAGAUUUCAGUAAGGCUUUUGACACUGUUGCACAUAGAAGGCUUAUCAAUAAACUGCAAUCUUUAAGUUUGGAUUCCAAUAUUGUUGAAUGGGUAAGGCAGUGGCUGAGUGACAGGCAACAGAGGGUUGUAGUUAAUGGAAUAUAUUCGAAGCUUGGACUUGUCACCAGUGGGGUACCUCAGGGAUCUGUACUUGGACCCAUUCUCUUUAAUAUUUUUAUUAGUGAUAUUGCAGAAGGUCUUGAUGGUAAGGUAUGUCUUUUUGCUGAUGAUACUAAGAUAUGUAACAGGGUUGAUGUCCCAGGAGGGAUAAGCCAAAUGGCAAAUGAUUUAGGUAAACUAGAAAAAUGGUCAGAAUUGUGGCAACUGACAUUUAAUGUGGAUAAGUGCAAGAUAAUGCAUCUUGGACGUAAAAACCCAAGGGCAGAGUACAGAAUAUUUAUUUAUAAAAUAUUUUACAAAUAAGAUUUAGGGGUGAUUAUUUCUGAUGACUUAAAGGUAGGCAGACAAUGUAAUAGAGCAGCAGGAAAUGCUAGCAGAAUGCUUGGUUGUAUAGGGAGAGGUAUUAGCAGUAGAAAGAGGGAAGUGCUCAUACCAUUGUACAGAACACUGGUGAGACCUCACUUGGAGUAUUGUACGCAGUACUGGAGACCGUAUCUCCAGAAGGAUAUUGAUACCUUAGAGAGGGUUCAGAGAAGGGCUACUAAACUGGUUCAUGGAUUGCGGGAUAAAACUUACCAGGAAAGGUUAAAGGAUCUUAACAUGUAUAGCUUGGAGAAAAGACGAGACGGGGGGGAUAUGAUAGAAACAUUUAAAGACAUAAAGGGAAUCAACACAGUAAAGGAGGAGACUAUAUUUAAAAGAAGAAAAACUACCACAACAGGAGGACAUAGUCUUAAAUUAGAGGGACAAAGGUUUAAAAAUAAUAUCAGGAAGUGUUACUUUACUAGUGGAUGCAUGGAAUAGCCUUUCAGCUGAAGUGGUAGAGGUUAACACAGUAAAGGAGUUUAAAUGACCACUCUAGGCACCCAGACCACUUCAGCUUAAUGAAGUGGUCUGGGUGCCAGGUCCAGCUAGGAUUGACCCAUUUUUUUAGAGAAACUGCUAUGCUUACAAAUGGGUUAAUCCUUCCUCCAAUUCCUCUAGGGGCUGUCUCAUUGACAGCCGCUAGAGGCGCUUGCGUGAUUCUCACUGUGUAUGUUUUCCUGGCACUAUAGUGGUCCUUUAAGCAUGCGUGGGAUAGGCAUAAGGCUAUCCUAACUAUAAGAUAAGGCCAGGAACUAAUGAAAGUAUUUAGAAAAUUGGGCAGACUAGAUGGGCCGAAUGGUUCUUAUCUGCCGUCACAUUCUAUGUUUCUAUGUUACACACUGACAGACAUACAUACACAUACUGACAGCCAGACACACACAAUCACUCAGACAUACACACACUGACAGCCCCCCUCCCCAAUCAUUAACCGGUUACUUUUAUUAUUAUUUUUUUUAGUUUAAAUCCACCCAGCCUCCCUACCUUUUACCUGGGGUCUAGUGGGAAGGGAGGGAGGCAUACAGGCGGUUGUCCGGCUAAAAAUGCGGGCAGCGCUGGCGAGGGAGCACUGAUUAGUGAGCUCUCUGCUAAGCUCCCUUGGGCGCCUCAGAGUGAUGCCAGGAGCCGAAAUAUGAUGUCAUAUUCCGGCUCCCGGCAUCACUCUGCGGCGCGUGAGGGAACUGAGCAGAGAGCUCAGGGGAAAGUGCUCCCUCGCCAGCGCCGCCCGACCGGAUUUUUAGCCGGACAACCGCCUGCCUGGACUGUUAGCUGCCAGGCUAACAAGGCAUUUGCCCAGGCAUUUGGGGGCGGCAUUUUAUUGCCGCCCCCUGGAAAUUUCCGCCCAAGGCAAAUGCCUUGUUUGCCUCGCGGCUAAUACGUCCCUGGGUGCAAGCAAUGUGUAUAUGCAGUGUUUCAAGUCUAUACAGAGCAAUUUUUGUGCCAGGGCGUAUUUGUACCCCCUGGCUGACAUAGUUUGCCUAGAUCUCUGCUCCGCACUAACUAAUGUGAGUCCAUGCACUGCACGCUGGUGACUGACAUUAUGAGCUUUUUGUCUUCUCAGUUCUGUGAAAGUCUCGCCGUUCUGGUACAUGCACACCAAACACACAUGCAAUUGCUUCUCAUAGAGAAGCAUUUAAUCCAAUGAUUGUCAAUCAGAGGAAGUUGUUUGGCUCAUCACAGUGAUUGCUCCUCAUGCAGAAGUCCCUUAGCAUGCAAAACAAGCUGGCAAGUUGAACACAGAAAAUAAAAUAAGAAGCCCGUGAAUUACUGCUAAAAAUUAACACGUAGUUUGAAGGACAAAGGGAAAUUCAUCUAUUUAGUUGCACUAUUCUUUAAUCAAAAUAUUGUUGUUCACAAGAGUGUCAGGCUUUCAGCUUGCUUACCUGAAUGCUCAGCUCUGAGUACUGCGAUCUCCCCCGGCAUUGCUACGGACGCAGCACGCUUCCGUGCGUAUUGUUUACAUACGCAGCUGAAAUACCCACGGGAUUCGGCACAUACCAAUGACGUCAGGGGUCAGUGUAGGAGGGUCAGGUACCCCCCUCGAAUAGUGGUAAACUCCAAACGACUUUCAUGCAAUCACAGAUAGCUUAUGCCUACAUAUGCUCACCUCUCCCAUUCCUUGUUGCCCUGUUGUGUUUAUUUUGUAGCCCAGUAGCGUGUGCCUUCUGUAGAGUUGUUUGGUACCUUGACCGGCUCUUGUAUUCCGUUUAUCCUGCUCUAUUAUGCAUUGACCUCGGCUUGUUAAUCGUUAUUCCUUACCUCUGUAAUCCUUUGACCUGGGCUUCUAUACUGACUGCUUAUUUGUAUAACCCUGCUAUUCUAAGGACCAGUAUUACAAAUAUUCUUGUUUGUGAUUCUGUCUGUGUGUUCAGGUUCCCGGAUUCCUGACAGUCAGUAAAUAGGAAUAUACUACCACUGGUGCUCACAGCGGGACCUAAAUAACUUGUAUAACUUCAGGGCAAAAUUAUACAGGCUGCACAAUGGAACCAAUAUCAACUUAGAAGUGUGUUUAUAUGAAUAUGCUGCCAACUCCUCAUACAUGAUUAAGGCCACAAGGCUGGAAUGUUGUAGAUUUGUUUUUUUUUAUCUCUCAUGUGACAAUAAACUUGUAAGUUGCAGUUGCUGCUACUGUGUAGCCUGCACAAUUUUGCCCUAGUCUUUUGCAAGAUGAUUGCAACUUAGAAUCCAUUCACGCAGAGAGGCAUAAAAGAAAGAAACAAGCCACUCCAGGAAAUACCAUAAAGCCUGGAACACCAAUGAUUGUCAGAAUGUCAAAUUUUGGAGUGAAAAUUUGGUUGAUUACUUUGUAUCAAGAAGUUUGUAACUUGUGAUGCAGGACCCUUAUAUGAAGAAUGAAAUUCAACUAAUGCCAUUUUUGCUCUUUCACUCUACUUACUGCUUCAGAUCAUGAGCCCGUAACAUUUCUCCAUACAUGAAGCCUAUUAUAGAAUUUAGUUUCUAUGUGUUCAAUAAUGUUUGUGUUGUUUAUUGCUGUAGAUGUUGAGGAAUAUGAAAGAACAAUUUGCAGAACAUCUGCUUGGAGCAGGCUUUGUGAGCAGCAGAAAUGCAAAAGAUCCCAAGUCUAAUAUAAAUUCAGGUAUGUUUGUGUGUGUGUGUGGUCUGUAACACAAUAAUCCAGUGUGUUCAACUUUCUUUGCUUUUACCUAUCAUAACUUUGUUUUUGUUUACAGAUAAUGAAAAACUCAUUAAAGCUGUUAUUUGUGCUGGUUUAUAUCCAAAAGUGGCGAAGAUCCGACCCAGCUUCGGUAAAAAGAGGCAAAUGUGAGUUUGGUGAUUUAGCUACUGUUAGAUAUGACUGUGUCGUCUCUUUUAAAAAAAAAAAAGUUAUGUCUACAUAAAUAGCUUUUGUUUAAUUCACCUAAGGACCAUGAAAAUUAAGGCUGCAUUGCAUGUACAGAUGAGAGCUACACUGAUACAAAUUCUUACAACGGUUAAUAAAUUGACCCUGACAUUUCUUUUUAAUGUACUUCUUAUCCUAGGGUAAAGGUAUAUACAAAAUCUGAUGGCAAGGUCAGCAUUCACCCAAAGUCUGUCAACGUUGAUGAAAGUGAGUUUCACUACUCUUGGCUUGUCUACCAUUUGAAGAUGAGAACCACCAGUGUAAGUGUAAAAUCUGUCUGUAUUCUGGACUUUUCUUAAAGUGUUGUAACUAGUUUUGCGUUCAUUGAGGAAGAAGGAAAUUAAAGAUGGGUUAAACAGCUUCCUACUUUUAUGACCACUGCAGAAUUUUAACCCAUUAGUGAUGAAGGUUUUUUGCUACUCUGUCUUUUCGCGACUUUGCUAUGUGUAUAUUCCACUGCACUUUACUCAUUUUUUUGAUUAAACCAUUAAAUGGUGUGUGUGUGUGUGUGUAUAUGUAUGUGUAUAUGUAGAAAGUGGUCCCACCAGUGUUUUUAACGAAGAGCAUACUUCUCAUUUAACCCUUUUCUCACCAACCUCUUGCAAGAGUUUAGAAAAGUUGUCACGACAAACUACAGACACGUAAUUUUAACGUUUUGACUGACUGACUGUGCUAAUGCCUCUUGAGAUAAAAUAGAAGACCCAGCUGCACUUUGCCACUAUCUUGUCAUACUGUUUGCAAAGGACAACAAGAACUAUUUAAUAAGGGACAUUUUGAGCCUUUUCACCAAUAUAUGCCAAAUGUAGCAGUAAAUUGGAUGUAUUAUUCCACCCACAUAGCUAUUAAAGUAUAAUGCUUUGUUUCCCAGAUUCUGUCUAUUUUUAACAUGCAGUGACCAUCCCUUUACAGAUUUACCUGUAUGAUUGCACAGAGGUGUCUCCAUACUCAUUGCUUUUCUUUGGAGGAGAGAUCUCUAUAAACAAGGAUAAAGACCAGGAUACUAUUGCUGUAGAUGAAUGGAUUGUGUUCCAAUCACCUGCAAAGACUGCUCAUUUAGUCAAGGUAAUGUGCCAUCCAAGAAAAUAUGGCAGAUGAAAAAAAAAAAAAAAGCAUUGCUUUCAUAAAAAUUCACACCUUCUUUGAAAUGAUUGUUUUGUUCUUUGCUCUUUUUGGUAGGCUUUUUUCAUCUUUAUCUGCAUGUCAAUUGACUUGGAAAAUGUUUUUAAGUAGAGAAGUGAAGAGAUUUAGCCCCAUGGGUUGCUAGGUGCCCCGUCUAACAAAGCUAUACAGGAUUAUCCAAUAGAUUUCACAUUUUUUAAAUCCAAAGUAGUCAAACUGGAAGCAAAGCUGGCUUGGAGAUUUUUUUUCCACAAUUCUUACUUUAGGGAACAUUCUAAUAAUAUUUAAAGAAUAAAACGUAUUUAAAAAUUACAAACAUAUUGAUGCUUUUUAGUCUUGCAUCUGUUGUUAAACUUGUUUGCAUUUACUAACAAACUACUAGGCGAAUUAGAUGAUAAAUUGCCUUUGUGGGAGGAAAUAUUCUUUAUUUGUCGAAAAAAAAAAAUUAAAUUGCAGAGGAGUAUUGAAAGAGGGGAGAGGGAACAUAUAGUAGUAAGACACUGGACUUUAAUAUAUCAUAGGGAAUUACUAUAUUUCAAGCCAGUUCGGCCUUUGUGUACCGCUUACCAUGCGUUUCUUUAAUAUAUUGAAGCUGGGCAUAAAUAUAGCCAGACCCACCAGAAACUGCCAAAGCAAAAUUCUAUAUAUAAGUUUGAGGAAUUCUUUUGGACUUUCCAUUAGAAGGUAAUAUUUACAUCUUCCUAUUGUACUUAUUUUAAUUUCAAGUGAUAACUAUGCAUUAUUUUAUCUUUUUAUUUUUUUUAUUUGUAUAUUUCAGGAUUUGAAAUCAGAACUUGAUGUCCUUUUAGAAGAGAAGAUUAAAAAUCCUCAGCCUGUGGACUGGAAUGAAACAAAAUCCAGAGACUGUGCUGUUCUCUCUGCCAUCAUUGAUCUGAUAACCACGCAAGAGAGUGGAGUAACUAAGAACUUUGCCCCUAGGUUCCAGAAUCAAUAUUACAAUUGAUUACUGGGCAGCUUCUGCACGAGAACUCUUGCACUCUCAAUAUUCCCACAAUGUUCUGUAAACUCCAAGCACCUGUUGUAAAUAUCUACCCAUGAACAUGCUGACAUUUCAUACGUAGAGAUGCCAUACAUAUCGGUUGCAGGUUAUUAGUAUUAAAAUAAACAGAUACCAUCCUCUGUGAAUUAAACAUUUACUGCCAGUGGGCCAGCAUUUAGCAGCUUUGUUAUUCCCUGUGAAACUGUAAUCAUGCCGACUUUAGAACGUUACUUUUAAGGCUGAAUUAUACUUACCGUUUCUUUCAUUUUCAUAAAUCAAAUAGCAAUUUGAUUGCAUAAUUCUUUUUUUUUCUUUUUCUGAGAUGUACUGUAUUGGACAGUAUGCCUGCCAUGAUACUGGCAGCUAUUGUGUUUAAUAUGUGAGGAGAGGAAAAAAGCACAUAUCUUCUCCUAAAAAGGCAGGCAUUUUUAUACACGUACAAUAUAUGUGUAUAUUGAGAUAAAUGUUAGUCUGUGUGUUUUUUUUUUUUUGUUUUUUUUUUGUAGUUUGAGUGCCUCUUAUUUAUACUGUGGAUACAAGCCUCACAUGUGUUAUCAAUUUGAUUUAUAUAGAGCAGGGGUCCUCAAACUCCGGCCCCCCAAAUAUUGCUGAACUACAACUCCCAUGAUUCUUUGAAUUACAUAGAUAGCCAGAGAAUCAUGGGAGUUGAAGUACAGCAACAUCUGGGGGGCCGGAGUUUGAGGACCCCUGAUACAGAGAUUUCUGCAAUAAAGGUAAUGGCCAGGUCCUCCUGUCAAUUAUAAAUGAAAACAAAAAUCCUUGCCUGUAGUUUAGAUUUCCUGUUUCUAGUACUUAAAUGCAUAUUGUGUUGUUUUGUUGGUUUUUUUUUUUUUCUUUUGGUGGGGUGGUUUUAUUGUGGUCAAAAAUCUGCCGACUCCCAUUAAUUUAUGCAUACAUUGUCUGCCUUACACUUAUGUCUGAUAAAGCCAUUACAUUUUUUUUGUGUGUGUGGUCACAUCUGAGGAUUUAGUCAUCCCUGUGUGUUAAUAACAUUGCUUUGUUGGCCACUUCAUACUGCCAUGGCAUCUCUAUAACCCAAAGAUGGUCAGAAAAUGAAAAAAAAAAAAAAACAUAUUAAUGAACAUAUAUAUCUCUGUUGCAUAUGUUCUGUGGUAGAACUAGCCACCUUAAUUCAGUGGGGAAAGUUGUAGGCCAUGUAAAAUUCAUUUAAAGUUAAUCAUGUCGAAGUGAUUUUGUAGGUGUAAUUUCUCUUUAAAGCAAAAUAAAAUGUUUUGGAAGAUUAUACACAAGUAUAAAUCAUCUUCAAUCACACAGAAUUCCGCUCCCCUAGCAAUUCCUGUAAUCUUGUACCAAAUCAUCUGACAACCAAUACUUUUCACAGUUAGAAGUAAUCAUAGUGUUUUUCUAUAGCUAUUUCCAGGGCAUCGGGAAAAAAAGCUCAAAAGUAUUCUGUAGAAUUACAACUUUUUGUGUACAUUUGUUAUU